AGCCUGCCUAUGCGAGUGCGCUAUCUUCAGUCUACGACAAGACUUUUGAGUGAGAAGUCGCGCGAGCGAACCUCGACCGUGGAGUGAUUUGAGGGCAGACUCGCCCUGGCAGACCUUAGCCAUGGCUACUGCAAAAAUGAAAAUAAUACUGCCAUUAGUAGUUUGGAUAUGGCUCCACACCGUUACGACCGUCCAAUCCUACGACAGGAAGGGAAUCGGUAAACGCGAGAUAUUUUUUUUAAAUUUAGAGGACGGAUAUUUCGGCUGUCAAGUGAACGCAUCGACUGACGUUUUGCAACUUUUCGAACUGUCAAAAUUGUGCGAUGGAAGGCCGAAUUGCUACCUGGGAUCCGACGAGAAGAGACAGGAACUGAAAUGUACAGAUAACUGCCAGAAGGAAGACGGAAGCGUCUGCCAAAAUGGUGCUUGCUUGGAUGGUCAGUGCCAUUGCAACGACGGGUAUGGUGGCUGCAACUGCGAAGUACCAGAUGAAAACGAGUGCAAGUACAGACCUUGUGAUGUUUUUGCACACUGUACGAACACAUUAGGCAGUUUUUCGUGUACUUGUUACCCAGGUUACCAAGGAGAUGGCUUUCACUGCGAAGACAUUAAUGAGUGCGAAGAUCCCAACAUAGCUUCGAGAUGCGUGGAGAACGCUUGGUGCUGCAAUCUACCGGCCAAUUUCCUAUGCAAGUGCAACCCAGGUUUCCAAGGAGACGGGGAAGUACAGUGUGUUGACAUCGACGAAUGCCUCCAACCUAACAUUUGCGGUCAAAACGCCAUCUGUCAAAACUUCCCGGGCAACUAUACCUGCGUUUGCCCAGAAGGCUAUUACGGAAACCCCUAUGACGGCUGCGUAGAUGUGGAUGAAUGUAACCAACCUAACGCAUGCGCACCUGGCGCCCUCUGUACCAACGUAAUCGGUGGACGACAAUGUACCUGUCCACCUGGAUACGAAGGCGAACCUUACAACACAGGUUGUGUGGACGUGGACGAAUGCUCAAGGUCGAACCCAUGCGGCAGGGACGCCAUCUGCUCGAAUCAAGAAGGAAGUUUCAGGUGCGCCUGUCCACCAGGCUUCAUCGGAGACCCACUAACAGGAUGUACAGAUCUUAACGAAUGCGACUCAAACCCAUGCUCAACGUCUGCAAAGUGCCUAAACACGAACGGAAGUUACCACUGCGCUUGCGCAGAAGGCUAUACCGGUGGAGCAGCAGGGCAGGAAUGCGUGGAUAUAAACGAAUGUGGCAGAUCGGGGGCUUGUGGGAUAAACGCUAAAUGCAUUAAUGUGCCGGGAUCGUACAAAUGCCUUUGCCCUCAGGGCUUCACUGGAAAAGGAGAACUAUACUGUGAAAAUGUAAACGAAUGUCAGACGAAUCCUUGUGGAGAGAAUGCAGUAUGUAAGGAUACUAUUGGAAGCUUCGUCUGUGAAUGUUUAGAAGAUUACACUGGAGAUCCGUACAAACGAUGUGAAGACAUAGAUGAGUGUAACGUUUUGGAUAAGCCUUGCGGGCUACAUGCAGUUUGUGAAAACACAUCUCCAGGGUAUAAUUGUUUAUGUCCUCAAGGCUAUCAGGCCAGUCCUUCACCGAAAGUUGCUUGUGAACAGAUUGACGUUAACAUUUUAUGCAAAUCAAACUUUGACUGUACAAAUAACGCUGAGUGUAUCCAAAAUCAAUGUUUCUGUCAAAAAGGCUUCACACCAAAAGGUGCCACGUGUUUGGAUAUAGACGAAUGUGCUUCAGAGCCUUGUGGGCCAUACGCUGUUUGUAGAAAUACACUUGGAAGCUUUCACUGUGAGUGUGAAAGCGGUUAUGUAGGAGCUCCUCCUAUGGUACAAUGUAAAGCACCGUGUGAAGACGUUAAAUGUGGUGACCAUGCUUAUUGCAAGCCUGAUGGAGACGAAGCAUAUUGCAUAUGUGAUGAUGGGUGGACUUAUGAUCCACAUGAUAUAGCUGCAGGAUGUAUAGAUAUCGAUGAAUGUGAUACGAUAAAUGGUCCUUCUGGUAGAUGUGGCAUCAACGCUACUUGUACCAAUUCUCCUGGAAGCUACAACUGUGUCUGUCCACCAGGUUUCUCUGGAAAUCCGCAAAGUCAAUGUCAUGAUGUAAAUGAAUGCCUGUAUACUGACUCUUGUGGUAUUGGUGCGAUUUGCAAGAAUACUCAAGGAUCUUUCGAAUGUUCUUGUCCUGAAGGAACUGUUCCUGAUCCUGACCCGAAAACUAGAUGUAAUGAAAUUGUUACUUGCGAUAAAGACUCAGAUUGUCCUGGAAAUUCGAUAUGUGACUCGAAAAAGAGAUGUUUGUGUCCAGAGCCAAAUAUAGGAAACGAUUGUAGACAUCCAUGUGAGACAAAACAGUGUGGUCCAAACGAACAAUGCACCUUGAUAAACCAAGAAGCCAAAUGUAUCUGCGAUGAUGGUUUCACAGGAACAGCUAAUGGUUGUGUUGACAUCAAUGAAUGUGUCGGAAAUCCUUGUCCAAGUGGUGCCAUAUGUAAAAACGAACCUGGUUCCUUCUCUUGUCAGUGUCCUGGAGGCACUUCUGGUGAUCCUUAUAGGACAGGAUGUACAAAAACCAGCGACUUGUUCGUCUGCUCUGACUCCAACCCUUGUCCAGCAGGAGAACAAUGUAUCAUUGAUGAAUUCGUCGGAGAAAGUGUUUGUAUCUGUGUUCAAGGUUAUGUAAGAGACCAUGAUACUGGAAAGUGUAGGGACAACGACGAAUGUACUGAAUUCAGAGAUAAACCAUCUUGUGGUCUCAACGCGGUCUGCAAGAAUCUACCUGGAAGUUACGAAUGCCAUUGUGCGCCAGGCUUUAAUGGAAACCCCUAUCUAGAAUGCAUCGAAUGCAACAGUUCAGACUGCAAAUGUCAACCGCCCUAUAAGUUCAACGAUGGCAACUGUGUAUUAGCUGGUUGUGGUGCCGACGGAUCUUGUCCAGAUGGAGCUGAAUGCAUUACCAUAACAGGAGGAGUGAGCUAUUGCGCUUGCCCCAAAGGGUUCAGAUCGGCUUUAGAUGGAUCAUGCGUCGACAUCAACGAAUGUUCCGAACAACAACAAGUUUGUGGUUUUGGCGCCGAGUGUUUCAACACGAAAGGCUCUUAUGAAUGUCAUUGUCCUGAAGGUUAUGGGGGAGAUCCAUACAACGGUUUGUGUGCUCCAGCACAGAAGAAAUGUAGCAAUGACAACGAAUGUUUGGCGAAUGAAAGAUGCGUACAACCAGGUGAAUGCGUCUGUCCACCACCUUUCUUCACAGACAGGUCAGAUCAGAACAAGUGCAAGAGUCCUUGUGAAAGGUUCCCUUGCGGAAUUAACUCUAAAUGUAUCGUGAGCGAUCCUCCGAAAUGCAUGUGUGAACAAGGUUACAGAGGAGAUCCUGUGGAAGGCUGCGUUGACAUAGACGAGUGUGACGAAACGCCCUGUGCUUAUGGUGCUCGUUGUGUCAACGAGAAGGGUGGGUUCAAGUGUGUAUGUCCUAAAGGAAUGACUGGAGAUCCUUACAAAGGUGGAUGCAUCCUUGAGAGUGGAAUGAGUAAGGUUGAAUGUCAAAGAAAUGAAGAUUGCGCUGGUACUUUAACGUGUGUGGACAACUCUUGUAUCAGUCCAUGCGCAACAGUCCUCUGCAGACAAAAUGCUUAUUGUGAGCCAGAAAAACAUACGGCUUCGUGCAAAUGCAAGCCUGGUUUCAAGAAAGGAGUGGAUGGUGGCUGUGUUUCAUUAUGCGAGGAUAUCCUGUGUGCCCCAAGAGCACAUUGUAUUGUCACUUACGAAGGACCCACUUGCAAGUGUUUGGAAGGUUUCAUGGGCAAUCCUUUCCCAGGUGGGGAAUGUUUCACUGAUGUUUGCUCGAAUGUUCAAACUUGCCAAGAACCGAAAGUUUGUAUAGGUGGUAGAUGCAAGGAAAGGUGCGAAGGUAUAAUAUGCGGAAUCGGCGCACAUUGUGACUCCAAAACUAACAAAUGCGUCUGCAAUCCCAACUUCAUCGGGAACCCUGAUCUGAUAUGCAUGCCUCCAAUAAUAGCACCAAGCUGUCAACCAGACUGCGGAGAAAACGCCCAUUGCGAAUAUGGAACCUCGAACAUCUGCGUUUGCGACGAUGGCACCAGCGGAAAUCCAUACGAGUCCUGCAAAGGGCUGCAAAAGAAUGUCUGUAGUGCAAAGUCCUGUGGACCCAAUGCCGAGUGCAGAGAGAAUUACAACCGAAUUGAAUGCGUUUGCUUGCUUGGUUUCACUGGAAACCCUUUCAUUGGAUGUGAGGACAUCAAUGAAUGUAACAACAACGUCUGUGGUCAAAGUGCUGUUUGCUUAAACACCAUCGGUAGCUACGAUUGUCGAUGCAAGGAAGGCUUUGCAGGAAAUCCAUUCAUAAUGUGUUCAGAGGUUCAAGGGGGCAUUUGCAAAAAUCCGGACGAUUGUGAAUGUAACGACAACGUUUUAUGUCCCAAUGGGUAUUCCUGCCAACAAGGAACUUGCAAGAAUAUCUGCGAGAGUGUGCAUUGUGGCCCGAAAGCUGGUUGCGUAAACGGUGUAUGCUUGUGCCCACCUGGAUAUAUAGGAAAUCCUAACGAUUUAAUCGCUGGUUGUAAGAUCCAAGGCCAGUGUCACUCAGAUCUGGAUUGCUACGAUACCGAAAUAUGCUUCCAACUGGGAAAAGGCUCCAGGAAAUGCUUGGACGCUUGCAGCAAAGUCCAUUGUGGCCCUAACGCUCUUUGCGUCGCUGAAAACCAUAGGUCCUCUUGUAUUUGUGCUUCGGGUUACUUUGGAAACCCUGGAAAUCUAAACAUCGGUUGUCAGUUAGAAGAAAGGACUAAUCAAAAACAAUGCCGUUCUGACAAAGAUUGCUUAGAUGGAAACAUAUGCGCCAUCAACGUUGAUGGUUUGCAAAAGUGUAUAAGUCCGUGCGAAACCGUAGCAUGUGGGCUGAAUGAAUUAUGUCAAUUGGACGCAGGACAACACGCCACUUGUGCCUGCAAACCUGAGUACGUCUGGAACCCUGUAAAAUCAAUCUGCGAAAAACCUUCGGUUCCGGACUGUAGAUCCGACGUGGACUGCGAACCUAUAUCUUCUUGCCAACCGGAUGAGAUAGGAAUAAUGAAAUGCACUCCGGUCUGUUCCCAUUUCACCUGUCCCAACAAUGCAGCCUGCAUUGCAGAAUCACACAGAGGACAGUGUCACUGUUUGAGCGGUUUUACUGGCAAUCCUAACGAUCGCAGUGGGUGCAAACCAAUCGAUCAGAACCAAUGCAACACCGACACUCAGUGUCCUGAACAGGAGGUCUGCAGGAAGCACGAAAAGCACAACCUGCUCGCUUGCAGACCUGCUUGCGACUAUGUAUCCUGCGGUCCUAAUGCCGUUUGCAUAGUGAACAACCACGUGGCCAAAUGUCAAUGUCCUCCAGGAAGCUAUGUCGGAAAUCCUAACAAUGCCACUGGUUGUAGGUCCGUGCCGUGUGUUUACAAUCUGGACUGUCCACCAUCACAGUUAUGUAACAGGCUUACCCAUACUUGCUAUGAUGUAUGUGAUGAAGAUUCUUGUGGAGACAAUGCUGUUUGUAUUGCUGAAGGGGGAAAAGCAACAUGUCAGUGUCCACCUGGCUUCAGACCUAAUCCAGUUGCAGAAAUUGAAUGUGCUCAAUUAGAUACAUGCAAUCCAAAUCCAUGCCACGAAACAGCUAUUUGCGAGAGCAGCACUUUUGGGUUCCAAUGCAAAUGCCCUCCUGGCACAGUUGGCGAUGCACUAACUUCAGGAUGUAGACCGGAAGGAAACUGCCCUAACGGAGAUAGAGACUGUCCAAAUCAAUCUGUGUGCUAUCAAGGACGCUGUGUGAAUCCUUGCGAAUACAUUGAUUGUCCUCCAAACUCUCAAUGUACGGUGGAAGAUCGAAAACCUGUUUGUAAAUGCUUCGACCGUUUCGUUUCAUCUCCAAACGGAAUGCAAGGUUGUGUAAGACUAAUCUCGACUUGUUUCAAUGAUGCAGACUGUGGAGAUGGCGUAUGUUACAACCAACAGUGUCGAUCUGUUUGUAGAAACGGUAAGAAUUGUUCACCUGGAGAAAGAUGUCUGCAGAAUAAGUGCAUGACGCCUUGUAACAGCCACAACCAAUGCUCUGAGAAUAACGCUUGCAUCAACGGUACGUGCAGUCUUGGUUGUAGGAGUAAUAAAAACUGUCCAAAUGCCGAGGCGUGUAUCAACAACAAAUGCUUGAACCCUUGUGAACUGGAAGGAUCUUGUGGACCAAACGCUAUAUGCUCCUGUCAAAAUCAUCAAACAAUUUGCAAAUGCCCUGAAGGUUUUAUUGGUAAUCCAACACCACAACAAGGUUGCACCAGACAAUCUUUGGUUUGCGAAACUAACAGACAAUGUCCCAAAGGUUUCCUCUGUUUCAACGGCCAAUGUCAAAUAUCAUGCCGAGACAACUCAGUGUGCGCCAUUGGAGAAAGAUGUACUAACAGCUCAUGCGUCAAAGUGUGCUAUGGUGAUAACAAUUGCAUACCUGGAGAAAUCUGUCGCAAUGGUCUUUGUCUAGGAGGUUGCAGCGUCAAUUCAGACUGCAGAACCUCAGAGAUAUGUGUGAAAGGACAAUGCAAAUGCGCGAAGGGUUUCACAGGAACACCGAAUGGUUGCGAGGAUAUAAACGAAUGUGAAGCAAAUCCAUGUCAUUCUUCGGCAAAAUGCCAAAAUAAACCUGGUUCAUACGUUUGCUUGUGUCCAGAGGGCAGUGUUGGUGACCCAUACAUAAAUCCGGGAUGUCUUUCGCCAAACUAUUGCAGAAGAAACACAGAAUGUACCGGCAACCUCAUAUGCAAACAAAAUAAAUGUCAAGACCCUUGCGAAGAAGACAAAUGCGGACCAAACGCCAUCUGCAACGUUUCUAACCACAAAUUGAAGUGUAGUUGUCCUUCUGGCCAUCUUGGAGAUGCAUACGAUAAAUCAUAUGGCUGUUUCAAAGUUGAAUGUUUGGUGGAUACUGACUGCGAUCAAAGUAGAUUCUGCGAUAAGCAAAGCAACAAGUGUCUAAAUCCGUGCAAUGAUGCAACUUGUGGAAAAGGAACUUGUUCUGUCAAAAACCAUAAUUCAGUCUGCAACUGUUUCGAAGGUUACACCUUGAUCGCAGGAAAAUGUGUGGAUAUAAAUGAAUGUUUGGUGUCCCAGCCAUGUCACGCAUCAGCAAGCUGUGUCAAUGUGGAAGGAAGCUUCUCGUGUGUGUGUCCUGAAGGUCUGGUUGGUGACCCAUCUGGCGUGGGUUGCAAAAAACCAGGCGAAUGCGUAACAAACUCAGAUUGUCCAUCUUCAGCCAUUUGCACAGAAAACAAAUGUAAAAACCCAUGUGAAAAUCCAAAAGCCUGCGGCAAGAACGCAGAAUGUAUACCGGUUGGCCAUGAAGCUAUAUGUAAAUGUCCGCAAAAAACUAAAAUCGAUUCUAGAAGAAACUGCAUACCAAUUGAGUGUGACAGCAAUUCAGACUGCCAGCAAGAUAAAACCUGCAUCGAGACCAAAUGCUUGAACCCUUGCAGCCUGUCGAAUGCAUGUGGGCCCAAUUCAGAUUGUGUACCAUCCAAUCACGUGGGUAUUUGUAGUUGCAAAGCGGGAACCACGGGAGAUCCACAUCUAGGAUGCGUGGAUAUUCAAUAUUGCGCAUCUGACAACCAAUGUGCUUCUGGGUCAAAAUGUAACAAUGGUGUUUGUACGGAAAUUUGCACCACUUCAAGAGACUGCCUACCAGAACAACUUUGCCUGAAUGGAAUCUGCCAACCAACUUGCAAAUCCAACACAACAUGUCCUGAUUACCAAUUCUGUUUGAACAAUAUAUGUACCCAAGAGAUAAGAUGUAGGGAAAGUGCAGACUGUUCUUACAAUGAGAAAUGUUUCUCGAACAACGUAGGACGCAACGAUUGCGUCAAUGCCUGUGAAGGCGUGCUAUGCGGUAGAAACGCCGAGUGCAUCUCCAAGAACCACAAAGCAACAUGCAAAUGUAAGGCCGGCUUUAAAGGAAAUCCCAACGAUGACAAACACGGUUGCAGAAAGGUGGAGUGCGAAAGAAACAAUCAGUGCUCGAAUGAUAAACUAUGCGACCAAUCCAUGUGCAAAAUAGCCUGCUUAGUGCAUAAUCCUUGCGGUAAGAACGCACUAUGUUCUGCUGAUAAUCACAAACAAGUGUGCUACUGUCAACCUGGGUAUACCGGCAAUGGACGAACAGGUUGUCAUCUGAUUGACUUCUGCGCAGAUCAACCUUGUGGUCCUGAAGCUAUCUGUCAUAAUUCUAGAGGAUCCUUCAAAUGUCAGUGUCCUCAUGGCUCCGUUGGAGAUCCUUACAACGAGGGCUGCAGAGCACCUGCAGAAUGCGAAAAAGACUUAGAUUGCCCUACAGCAGCAAAAUGUGACACUUCUUUGGGCAUCGCUAAGUGUACCGACGUCUGUGAAGAUGCUGUGUGCGGACCAAAUGCAGAGUGUAUUUCCAUAAAUCACUCUGCUCAUUGUAGCUGCAAGAACGGAUACCAAGGCAACCCCAAUGAUGUAACUGUCGGUUGCAGACCAAAACCAGUGUCAUGCAAAUCAACGCUUGAAUGUCCAGCCAACACCUAUUGUUAUGGAAGUACUUGCAGACCCUUCUGCCAGGCUGAUUCAGAAUGUAGCCUCUUCGAAAAAUGUAUUCAAUCUCAGUGUUUGAAUCCCUGCGAACUUACUAACGCAUGUGGAAUGAACGCCAAGUGCACAUCGGACAACCAUCAACGACAAUGCCAGUGUCCUAGUGGUUUCACUGGAAACCCUGAUCAGGAAUGUUUCAGACUUCCAACAUCUUGUUCGUCUGGUAAAGACUGUCAGAAAGACUAUGUUUGUCAAGAGAAUUCCUGCAUUCCGCGUUGUGCGUCAGACAAUGAAUGUGCUUUCAACGAGAAAUGUCUCAAAGGAAUUUGCAAAUUAACAUGUAGAGUGGACAACGAUUGCUUCUUGGGACACAUUUGCCUGAACAACAUCUGCCUGUAUGGGUGUCACAGCGACGACGAUUGCUCUAGCAGUGAGUCGUGCAGAAACAACAAAUGCACCAAUCCUUGCCUAGACAGUCCAUGUGGACCUAACGCGUUAUGCACAGUUUCAAACCACAGGGCGUCUUGUUCUUGUGGAGCUGAUUUCGUUCCAAAUCCCACAGCUAAGAUAGGAUGUGUCCGAACUCCUGCUCCAAGCUGUAGAGAAAACAAAGAAUGUCCAGCUGGUAACAUCUGCGUUGAGAAUGUUUGUAGAACGCUUUGCUCGUCUGAUGACAAUUGCUUGAAUAAGGAACGUUGUGAUGCAUCGACCAAUGUGUGCAAACCAAUCUGCCGAAGGGACGAUGAUUGCAGGAGUGGAGAGAUCUGUAACGGUUUGGUUUGCACAAUAGGUUGCAGAAGUGAUAAUGGUUGUGAGUCCUACGAGAAAUGCGUCAACAACAAAUGCGCAAACCCUUGUGAUUCGCCAACAUCAUGUGGCACGAAUGCCGAAUGCUCUGUUGUUAACCACAGAAAGUUAUGCGUUUGUCCCUCACCUUUGGUAGGAAAUCCUUUGGAGGCUUGUAAACAUCCGGUUAGAAAAUGUGAUUCUGAUACAGAGUGUCCAGAAAGGAACGUAUGCUUCGGCGGAACCUGCCAGAAGGUUUGCAGAACGGAUAAGAAUUGUCUUACUGACGAGAAAUGUUUGAGAGGUAUCUGCAGAACAAUAUGUAACUCGGAUUCAUCAUGCGAUAAGAACCAGAUUUGCGAGAACAGAAUAUGUAACAUUGGUUGUAGAAGUGACUCAGUGUGUCCUAAAGACCAGGCAUGUAUAAACAACAAAUGUCAAGAUCCUUGCGAUGGAUUCACCUCGUGUGGUUCAUGUGCUGACUGUAAAGUGAAGAAUCACGUGGCACAAUGCAGUUGUCCGGCGAAUUUCUUCGGAAACCCACUUGUCAGCUGUACCCAAGCAGCAAGAAGAUGCGAUGGUAAUUGUGAGUGUGAUGAAAUCGGUUAUUGUACAAAAUCUUGUCGUAACGAGAAAGAUUGCUCUUGUGGAGAAGUGUGCUCGCUUGGAAAAUGUAGGAAUAAGUGUUCUUCACAACUGCACUGUGCUCAAGGGCAGAAAUGUAUUGAUAGCGUUUGUCUACCUGGUUGUAGAAGAAACAGCGAUUGUGCCAACAAUGAAAUAUGUAGUGAGAACAAGUGUAAGAAUCCAUGCUCACAAGAUAAGUCGUGUGGAAAGAACGCGCUUUGUCAAUCUAGCGAACACAGGAAAGUUUGUCUUUGUCCAGACGGUUACCAAGGUGAUCCAAACAUACUAUGCUUACCUUACGAGUGUCAGAAGAAUGAGGAUUGCGAAUCAAACAAGAGAUGUGGCUCUGACGGGGCUUGUAGAAAUCCAUGCCUAGAACAGGGAGCUUGUGGCGUCAACGCUCAGUGUAGGGUUAAAGACAGAAAGCCCUUGUGCUCAUGCCCACCAGGAUACGUUGGAAAUGCUCUGAUAGAAUGCAAACAACCAGGUAGUGAUAAAUGUAUGAAGAAUUCGUGUGGACCAAACGCAAAAUGUCAAACGAACGAAGACGGUUUCGUAUGUAACUGCGAAUCUAACUGCAUUGGUGAUCCUUAUACAGGAUGUGUUUGCGAUAAACAACUGGUGGAUUUGUGUAGAAAUAAACUGUGUGGCCUGAGAGCUCAGUGUAAGAUCGGAGAUGAUAGAAAAGCUCAGUGUUAUUGCCCUGCAAGUAAUCCUGCUGGUGACCCCACUAUUGAAUGUUCAGAGAAAAGCGAGGCAGUGGAUUGCAGAACAGAAGGAUGUGGUAAAAACGCAGAAUGCAUCAGAGAAGACGCUGUAUUCGUAUGUAGAUGCCUACCAGGCUACUCUGGACGACCAGAGUUAGACUGCCAGAGGGAAGCGGAGUGUAACACUGACUUAGAAUGUAGCAACGAGAUGGCUUGCAUCAACUUCCAGUGUAUUGACCCUUGCACACUUAGAGGAGCCUGUGGAUUGAACGCCAUGUGCAAGACUAUCAUGCACAGGCCCAGAUGUUCCUGUCCAGAAUGUUAUGUGGGAAUGGCCAACACGCAAUGCUAUCCCGAUUCAAAGUGUCUUGAGACGCAUCCUAGACCGAAUGUUCCUAUUGUUUGUAAUUCGGAUAAAGAUUGUGCACAGAAUGUUUCGUGCAACGUCGGUACAGGCGAAUGUAUAGAUCCUUGCAGCAAUCCCUCUUUCAAAUGUAGGGGUAACAAGAAGUGCGAGGUGCACAACCAUAGGCCCACUUGUGUCUGUAAGAACGGAUUCGUUGUCAAUGAGAGAGGAGAAAUAUCUUGCGCGCCAGAGAAAACAGAAUGCUCGACCAACGAACAUUGUCCGCUGAAAAAAUCUUGCAUUGAGGGGAUUUGUCAAAAUCCGUGCAACGCUGCCACACCACCGUGUCCUCCAGAGAAGGGCUGUGACGUCAUAAACCAUAAACCUGUUUGUAUUUGUCUUAAGAACUGCGUGCCAACUUUAUCGAUUUGCCUUCGAGACAAUGGAUGUCCACGUCAUCAAGCAUGUCGAGCAUUCAGAUGUGAAGAUCCUUGCACAACGGCGAAUUGUCCAGAAAACUCUCCUUGCACUGUAGAAGAUCAUAAACCUAUAUGCGAGUUUUGCCCUGAAGGAUUUAUAAGAGACUCGAAAUAUGGAUGCCUCAAAGAUAUUCAGUGUCGAUCUCACUCUGAAUGUUCAUCUCUACAAGCUUGUAUCGGAGGAAAAUGUAAUAAUCCAUGUUUAGUUUCCAAUCCAUGUCAGAAGUCGCAAGAUUGUCAGGUUCAAGAUCAUCAGCCAGUUUGUGUGAAGGUCUGUCAAUGCAGAAAACACACCGACUGUGGUCAUGCAAACUACGUAUGCGAUGGAUGUAAUUGUGUUCUUCAUGAGGAACCUGGCAAAACUACAGGAUGCGAGCAUUGUCCACCUGGUGUGGCCUGCGAUCCAACAACAGGAGCUUGUAUCAGGGAUAUGGGUACUGCACCUCCUGAAACACUAACAGAAACACAAACUCCGAGUACUGUAACAUUAGUAACCCAAACACCUAGUAUUUCUGUAGACAUAGGAAAGAAUGGCUCAAGUUCGUUGAGCACUGAAGAAUACACACAAACUUAUCAUAGCACCUUGAGUUCUACGGAACCCUACGCAGUUACAGAGUCAGUAUUCACAGAAACUUUUGAAACCUCUACUGAAAGAUUAACAUCAUCAUAUGGGACUACUGAACACAUUGAAAAAACUGAAUUAGUUUUUCCCCAAACCUCCACAACUGAAAAAUACAUUAUUGUUACUUCUAUCAGCAAUGUAUCAGUUAGUGAAGAAGAAUCGACAACAGAAAGUUACACCAAAGAAGGAUUUCCAGAAGAACCAACGACUUUAAAAACUUCAACUUCUUCUCGUUCUCCUGAGUUGCAAUCAACUGUGAAAGAAGAAUACCCUAUUCCCAUUGAACCUGAAUUACCAGAAUCUACGUCAACUACAAAAAUGAGAGAUACACAGACUACAACGGAACAAUAUAUCACUAUGACUUCUACCAGUGAUGCAUCAGUUAAAGAAAAUAAAUCAACAACCUCAACAGAAUACACAACAGAAUCUAUAACAACUGAAGAGAUUGGAUUAACAUCCAAGGAAACUGAAUCAACAUCAAGAACUACCAUAACGUCUAGUUCAGUCUCUACUGAAUCUCAAAAGCCCGUAAAAGAAGAUUAUGGUUACACAAUUUCUGUCGAUGUUGGGUCACCAGAACCUAAAUCAACUUCAAUAAUGACAGAAAUACCAGCUACAACCGAGAAAUAUAUUACUGUUACUUCUAUAAGUAAUGUAACAGUAAGUGAGGAACAACCGGGAUACACUACAGACACUAUAACAACUCAAAAAAUUGGAGCAACAUCCACAGAAACCAAAUCAACACUAUCAGAAGAAACAACGAUCUCUACUUCUUCAGAGACUGCGACUUCUUCGCUUUCUCCUGAAUUAAAAUCGACUUCGAGAGAAGAAUACCCAAUUCCCAUAGAACCUGAAAUUACAGAAUCUAUAUCAACUACAACAAUGAGAGAAACACCGUCUACAACCGAAAAAUAUGUGACUAUCAAAAAAUCCACAACAGAAUACACUACAGAAUUUAUAACAACCCAAAAGAUCGGACCAACAUCCACGGAAAGUAAAUUAGUAUCAGAAAUUAUUUCAGAGGAACCUACAACACUUACUUCUUUCAAAACAACUACCACCUCUCAUUUUGUUCCAUCAGAAUAUCAAACUACAGAAAAGGAAAGUACUUUCACAAUUUCCAUAGAGCCUGAGGUACCGGAACCUGCAUCUACUGCAAAAACAAUAGAAGAAAUGCCAUCCAGAUCUACUGAAAAAACUAUGGUCACCAGUACAUCAACUACUCCAAAUAAAACAAUUGGAACACAAGGUACUUUUACGCCUACUACAAUUAAACCUCCUGCACAAAAUAGAACGGAACCUGAAUUUUAUCCUUACUUCACAAUUCCCGUUUCUAUUUAUAUGGAACCUACAAGUACAGAAGGAAAGAAACCUAUGAAUACUACAUCUUCAGAACCUAUCACAACUGAGUAUGCAACUCAGCACCCUAGCGUAUUUACAGCUGGCGAAGAACAGACCACAGCAGCAAGAAUCACCAGUUUAGGCACUUCCACUAUAAGGACUGAAGAAACAACACUUGUUAGCGGAAAUGGAACUAAGUCAACGGAAUCAAUAGGAGUAAUAUCUGAAUCGACGACUAGUGGGAAUCUUACUUCCGAGGAAACUUUUACUAUGACUGGAGGUCUAUUAAGCACCACUUCUUCAGCGCAAGAAGUUUCUACAUUUUCUCCGACUUUCGGAAGCGAAACAACACUGUCAGUUUCUGCAAGGGAAGGAGAAACUACUUUGGAAGAAAUAACUACAUAUCCUGAAACAACAUACGGAGCGUAUCCAACUGUCAGUCAUACUUCUGGGGUGGCUGGUGCAACUUCAGAAUUGACAACCAUUUCAGAACUUCUGCCAACUGUCAGUACAAGUGAAACAACGUCAGUGAGAGUAUCCACAGAUAAAAUUAGAGAAUAUACAACUGAAGAAAGUUCUUCAGUUGACACCGGAGAAACAAACAUUUCAACUAUUGAGAGUAGUACUACCUCGAUUAGUUCUGAAAACAGAACAUCAAUGAGUAUAUCAACCACAGAAACUUCUCCAACUAUUAGUGCAUCAACAGAAAAAGAAACAACUUUUAGCGAAUCAACAGGACCUACUGUAACAUCUGGAAGUGAAGUUUACACUUCUUCUGGUAAAACUACAGAAAAAAUUUCAGAAAUGACAACAGUUGCUUCAACCGAAUCUAGUACAAUUGGAGAAGUUGCAGGUACAACAUCAGGAGUAACUUUUGAACUACCGAUUCAUAUAACAACUGAAGCUUCUUCAAUGGUCACAGUUGUUGAAAACAAAUCAACAGGUUCUGUUACACGUGAGGGUGAAGUAACUACAGAAGCUAUUCCAGCUUCAAUGGCAUCAACAGAAAGCGAGUCAACUCAUGGUGAAUCAACAACAUUCGCGGGAAAAACAGAAAGUUCAGUGGUAAAAGUAACCACUGAAGCUGGUUUAACCCAAGAACUUUCAACAACAAUUGAAAAUGUGACAUCAAUUGGUUCAACUGAAGAAACUUCGACACCAGGAAGAAUAACUACUUUAAAAAUCAUAACAUCAACAGAAGAAAUUUCUACUGUUAGUGAAACAAUUACAGAGAAACAACCAACAACUAUUCCUACAACAGAAUCUGAAUUAACUACACAUCUAUUCACAAGUGCUACUGUGAACCGUUCUGAAACUACAUUGUCAACCACCUUUGAAGGAAUAGUUACAGAAUCAGUUCCAUAUACAAGCCCAACGAGGAUCAUUUCGGAAGUUACUUCAGAAGCAAUGCCGUUCACAAGUGUUACUUUGACAGAAACGGUUCCUUUCACGAAUCCUCAGGAAACUACUGUUUAUACUACAGAAAAACCUAGAAGUACAAUUCAAGUGGUGGAACAAAAAACGGAUAAGACGAAAACACCGAAAGGAAUUACUGAAGCCGAGGAGGGUAGAACGUCUACUACAGAGUCAGUACGAUCUACAUCGUCACAAAAAACUUCUGAAGAGGCAUUGACAACUGAGACACCUUUCACUACAGUUACUCAAGAAAUCAUUGGAACCUCAACAGAAUUGGUGUUCAAUGAAAGCAUACCUAUUGUUUCAAUCGGGAAUUAUACUGAUUCUCUCAAGAAUGAUACUACUUUCUGUGAAAAAGACUCUGACUGCACUCCAGAUGAAGUUUGUGUUAAUGAAAAAUGCAUAAGAGGGUGUUCUAUUGGCCAUUGUGCACCUAACGCAUUAUGCACAACGGAAAAUCAUCAGGUCACUUGCAAAUGUCCUACACAUUUUGUUGGCAAUUCCUCCAGGAUGUGCUUCAAAGAACCAGGUCAACCGAAAGUACCUAAACCUUGCGAGUAUGACAUCGAUUGCCUCGAGAGCGAGGCAUGUUAUAUGUCAGUAUGUCAAGAUCCAUGCGAAUUUACUAACGCCUGCGCAAGUACAGCCAAGUGUCAGGCAAAAAUGCACAGGCCCAUAUGUACAUGUCCCAAGGGAUACGAAGGAAAUCCAGCUGUCAAAUGCUUCAAGUCAGAGUCAAUACGUUGCACUGUAAAUGAAGAGUGUCCAAUAACCGAAGCGUGCAUAAACUACUCCUGCCAACGACCAUGUGACGUAAGGAACCCUUGUGCGCACAACGCAAUCUGUAUCAACACCAACCAUGGAUCGGACUGCAGCUGCGCAGAGGGAUAUCAAGGAAAUGGCUAUGUUGGAUGCGUAGCUGUGCCAGACUACAAACCCAUCUGUCAAUACAACGAGGACUGUCCACCGAACAAACUUUGCGACCGUCUGAACAGACUUUGCAUAAACCCUUGUUUCGAAGAUAGCUGCGGUGAUAACGCUGAAUGUUUACCGAAAGAUCACGGAACGGAAUGUAGAUGUUUACCAGGCUAUGCUGGAAAUCCUUUCAUCUCUUGCGAGAAAGUGUACGGUUGCCGACAGGACGAAGAUUGUAGUUCGAACGAAGCCUGCUUAAACGGUCAAUGUUCUUCACCUUGUCAAUGUGGGGCCAAUGCCAUAUGUGAGGUUAUUUACCAUAGAGCCUCUUGCAAAUGUCCACCGGGUUAUGUAGGCAACCCAGCAGUGGUUUGCCAGCCUCCGUCAAAUCCAUGUGAACCAAAUCCUUGUGGAACCUUCGCCCUGUGCGAGUUGGAUAACGGAAACCCGAUCUGCUACUGUCCUAAAGGAUUAACUGGAAAUCCAUUCAAGAAUUGUGUUCCAGAAGGAGAUGAAUGUUCACCAAACCCUUGCGGCCCAAAUUCAGGAUGCAGAGUCGUCGGCGGCAAAGCUGUAUGCUUCUGUCUACCAGAAUACGAAGGAACACCACCACAAAUACCAUGUGAUCUGCCUAAGAACCCAUGCGAUCCUUCACCUUGUGGGCCAAACACUCAGUGUUCAAUUUUAAGCAACGGUUUCUCGAAAUGUACAUGUCUUCCCGGCUAUCUGGAAAGUCCCAACACCAUAAGAGGUUGUUUGGAGCAAAAGAAUCCGUGUGAACCAAACCCAUGUGGGCUUGGAGCACAGUGCGAUCCUUUCAGAGAACCGGCAUGCUUCUGUCCCGUUGGGUUGGUGGGAAAUCCUUUCAGAAGUUGCGGUGAGCCUGUUGUAACACCCAUAUUAUGCUCACCUGGACCUUGCGGACUCAACGCUGACUGUUACGUCUCGAACAACCAAGAACAAUGUUACUGCAAACCAGGAUUUAUGGGUGAUCCGUACUACGGAUGCAGGUUGGAACCGUCAAGUCCAUGCUCGCCAAAUCCUUGUGGUCCAGGAGCUCAGUGUAUAGUAACACCUGAAGGAAAUUCGUUAUGUAGGUGUCCCGAUGGUUUUGGAGGAGAUCCUACAGGUCCUGGUGGUUGUCACGGCUACGAAUGCGUUGUGGAUGAAAACUGCGGAGAACAUCAGGCUUGUAUGGGAUACAGAUGCAGAGAUCCAUGUCCAGGUGCUUGCGGUGUGAACGCAGAUUGUAGAGUCGAGAAACAUCAUCCAGUUUGUACCUGUCGCCAUGAAUACACCGGAAAUCCAGUAAUCAACUGCUUCAAAGUACCGAUAAUGCCAGAAAACGACCCGUGCAUGCCAAACCCUUGUGCAAUCAACACAAUUUGUCAAAACGUCAGAGGACGGGCAGUAUGUACAUGUUUGCCUGAUUUCAGAGGAGACCCACAGUUUGGUUGUCAACCAGAAUGUGUUCUUAACACAGAUUGUCCUCUAACUCAAGCUUGUUUAGAUAGACGUUGCAAAGAUCCUUGUCUGAGUGCUUUAUGCGGUGUUAAUGCUCAAUGUCAAGUUAGAGACCACACAGCUUCUUGCGUUUGUUUGGAGGGCUACAUGGGUGACCCUCUCUACCAAUGUGUACGUACACCACCAGUUAAAAUACCAUCGACGAACAUAAGCACGCCUUGCACACCAUCUCCAUGUGGUUAUGACAUUGAAUGUAACGCAUAUGGGCCCCAAGUGGCCAUUUGUGAUCCAUGUUUGAGACCUGAUGCAGCUUACAAUCCACAAUGUAGACCAGAAUGUUUGACUAACUCAGAUUGUGCAUUCGACAAGGCCUGUUUGGGAUAUACCUGCCAAGAUCCUUGUUUGGGAUCUUGCGGAGUACACGCAGUGUGUCACGUGGUUACUCACACUCCAAUAUGUACUUGUCCUCCGGGACUUCAAGGAAAUCCGUUCGAACAUUGCACAGUUCCGAUGAAACCGGAAGAUAGAACUGAAACAUGCGACAGCUUUAUGUGUGGUGCUAAUGCCUUGUGCUUGCAAAAGAAGGGUGGCGUUACUUGUACCUGCAGGAAAGGAUUCUUCGGAAAUCCUUGGAUAGCUUGCCGACCGGAAUGUGUUAUCAAUACUGAUUGUAGUCUGAAUCAAGCUUGUAUCAACAACAAAUGCGUCGAUCCUUGCAAUGGAGUGUGUGGAGUUGGAGCGAAGUGCGAAGUAUCAAACCAUGUUCCUAUUUGCAUAUGUCCACCAGGGCAAGCUGGUGAUCCUUUCGUAUCUUGCCACACGCCCAAACCGAUACAACCGUCUGGAAACCCAUGUGAUCCAUCACCAUGCGGUCCUUUCAGUAGAUGCCUACUAUCUCCACAAGGAUAUGCAACAUGUUCAUGCUUACCUAAUUACCUUGGCUCGCCACCAGCUUGCAAACCUGAAUGUAUUGUUACUUCAGAGUGUCCACAAACUAAAGCAUGCUACAACAGGAAAUGUGUCGAUCCAUGUAUCGGUGCUUGUGGAAAGAACGCUCUUUGCAACGUAAUUAAUCAUAAUCCUAUCUGUAGCUGUGCUCCAGGACAACAAGGAGAUCCUUUCGUGAACUGUUAUACAUCUAGACAGCCAGACAUACCAAGGACUAAUCCUUGCGUACCAUCACCAUGUGGUCCCAACUCCAUAUGUCAAGUGAAAGAAGAUAGACCCGUUUGUUCUUGUGUAGCUGACUACGUAGGAAGUCCACCAAAUUGUAGACCAGAGUGCGUUAUCAACCAGGAAUGUCCAAGGGAUAAGGCAUGCGUUAAAGAGAAAUGCGUGAAUCCUUGCAUCAAUUCGUGUGGUAGAAAUGCCAAAUGUAACAUUGUCAACCACGUUCCAUUCUGCACAUGUUUGGAAGGGUACGAAGGAGACGCCUUCAUAGAAUGUUCCAGGAUUCCUAUGCCUGUACCAAAGGAUCCUUGCAAUCCAUCGCCUUGUGGUACAAACGCUCAGUGUACAUCGAGUGAUGGCGUGGCAAGAUGUAGUUGUAUUCCUCCCUACAUAGGCAAUCCCUACGCAGGAGGUUGCAGACCAGAAUGUACCAUCGAUUCAGACUGUUCAAGCAACUUGGCUUGUUUGGCUCAACAUUGCAGAGAUCCUUGUCAAGGAAGAUGUGGAACGAACGCAGAAUGUUACGUAGUCAACCAUGUGCCUGUAUGCUCUUGUGCUCAAGGUUUCAUUGGGGAUCCAUUCACUUCUUGUAGACUUGCACCACCACCAAUAUCUGAAAAUCCGUGCGAGCCAUCUCCAUGUGGACCGAACAGCAUCUGCCAACCAAGCAAUAACCGAGCUGUGUGCUCGUGUCAGCCAGAUUUCUUCGGUAGUCCACCAAAUUGCAAGCCAGAAUGUCUGCUCAGUUCAGAAUGCGCCUUGAACAAAGCAUGUAUCAACCAGAAGUGUAUGGAUCCAUGUCCUGGUACUUGUGGAAGGAACGCCAGAUGUCAAGUGAAGAACCACAAUCCUAUUUGUAGUUGCCCACCAAACUAUUUCGGAGAUCCAUUUGUUCUAUGUGAAAAAGAGACAAGGGAAGUUCCACCAAUGACACCAUGUUUACCAUCACCAUGUGGUCCGAACUCAGAAUGCCGAACAAGCCAAAACAGGGCGGUGUGUUCCUGUUUGCCAGGAAUGUAUGGUGCUCCACCUAACUGCCGUCCAGAAUGUGUCAUCAACCAGGAUUGUCCUUCUCACCUUGCUUGUCUAAACAACAAGUGCAAAGAUCCUUGCGUUGGUUCGUGUGGGUUCAACGCUCAGUGUACAGUAAGGAACCACAAUCCAACAUGUAGCUGCAUCACAGGUUUUGAAGGAGAUCCGUUCUCUGGUUGCAACCCGAUAGAAAUUGUACCCGAACCAACUCAUCCUUGUAAUCCUUCGCCAUGUGGUCCAAACGCUAUUUGUAAAGAACACAAUAACGUUGGUUCUUGUACGUGUCUCCCCGAAUACUUUGGUGACCCAUAUACGGGCUGUAGACCCGAGUGUCUCAUGAGUACCGAUUGUCCUCACAACCAAGCGUGUUUCAACAUGAAAUGUAAAGAUCCUUGCCCUGGAAGCUGCGGAGUGAACGCUGAAUGUAGCGUCAUCAAUCACAAUCCACAGUGUUACUGUUUGAAAGGUUUCACUGGCAACGCUUUGACGUUUUGCAGAAAAAUCGAACCUAUUGAACAACCUAGACGAAACCCUUGUAGCCCUUCACCUUGUGGUCCAUAUAGUAUUUGUCGGGUACAAAACGAUAGACCCGUUUGUUCCUGUGACGUAGGGUAUAUCGGAGGUCCACCAGCAUGUAAACCUGAGUGUAUGAUAAGCGCUGAAUGUCCUAUGGAUAAAGCAUGCAAAAAUCAGAAAUGUAUAGAUCCUUGCCUUGGUACUUGUGGUUACAAUGCUCAUUGUAAAGUUAUCAUGCAUAAUCCUGUCUGUAGCUGCCCGUCUGGGUAUAUUGGAGAUCCAUUCAGUAGAUGUUAUUUGCAGCCAAAAAUACCUGAAGUCGAACAAAACCCAUGCAUUCCAUCACCUUGUGGCGCAUUCUCCGAAUGUCGCGUGCAGAAUAGUAGACCUGUUUGUUCCUGUUUGCCAAACUAUUAUGGCAGACCUCCCAACUGUAGACCUGAAUGUACGGUGAGCUCUGAAUGCGAUCCGAUGAGAGCUUGUCAGAAUCAGAAGUGCAUAGAUCCUUGCGUUGGUUCUUGCGGUAUAAAUACUGAAUGUAAAGCGAUAAACCACGUACCUGUUUGUUUCUGCCUUCCACAAUUCACUGGAGAUCCGUUCGUUGGAUGUCAAGAAUUACCUCCAGUUGAAGAGGAAAGACAUCCUUGCAAUCCUUCGCCAUGCGGUGCUAACGCUCUUUGUAGAGAACAAAAUGGAGUAGGUUCUUGCACAUGUUUGCCAGAAUAUUUCGGAGAUCCAUACGCUGGUUGCAGACCAGAAUGUGUAACGAAUAGUGAUUGUACGAUGGACAAGGCCUGUUUCAAUAACAAAUGUAGAGAUCCUUGCGCUGGAUCAUGCGGUCUGAACGCUGAAUGUAAAGUGUACAAUCAUGCUCCAAAUUGCUACUGCCUCUCAGGAUACACUGGCAACGCACUGGUGUCUUGUCAUAUCAUUCAACCUAUUGUGGAAGAAAGAGAUCCUUGCCUACCAUCUCCAUGUGGACCUUUUAGUGAAUGUAGAGUUGUAAACGGACAUGCUGUAUGUUCUUGUCAGAGAAAUUACAUUGGCGCACCACCUGCAUGUCGCCCAGAAUGUACAGUUAGUUCUGAAUGUUCCCAAGAUAGGGCAUGCAUUGGGCAAAAGUGUAGAGAUCCUUGUCCUGGUACUUGCAGUCCGAAUGCAAGAUGUAAAGUAAUAAAUCAUAAUCCAAUAUGUAGUUGUCCACCGAACUACACAGGAGAUCCAUUCCAGUUGUGCAUAGAAGAAAGAAAACCUUUACCAAUACCACCUAGUGAUGCAUGCUUACCAUCGCCCUGUGGACCAAAUUCUCAAUGUAGAAACAUUAACGGCAGGGCCGUAUGUUCCUGUUUACCUGAUUUUAUUGGUCGUGCACCAAGUUGUAGACCUGAGUGCACAAUAAAUACAGAGUGUCCAGGGAACCUGGCUUGUAUCAGGGAAAAAUGUAGGGAUCCUUGUCCUGGUUCUUGCGGUUCAAACAGCUAUUGCAGGGUUGUUCAACAUUCACCAGUUUGUCAAUGCAACAUUGGUUUUACUGGCGAUCCAUUCGUUGGUUGUACUCUUCAACCUGUAUUGGAGGAAGAGGCACAUCCCUGUAAUCCAUCACCUUGUGGUUCUAACGCUGUUUGCACUGAAAGAAACGGUGUUGGAUCUUGUACAUGUUUACCUGAGUACUUUGGGGACCCUUACACAAGUUGUAAGCCUGAGUGCGUAAUCAAUAACGAUUGUCCUAGGGACAAGACUUGUGUCAAUAUGAAAUGUAAAGAUCCUUGUCCAGGAACAUGCGGUUUGAAUGCCGAUUGUAGGGUAUACAACCACGCGCCAAGUUGUUAUUGUAUAGAAGGUUAUACUGGAAAUCCAACUGUAGCAUGUCACAUCAUUCAAGCUGUGGUUGAGGAGAAAAAUCCCUGCGAACCAUCACCUUGUGGUCCAUACAGCCAAUGUAGAGUUGUAAAUGGUCAUGCUGUAUGUACGUGCGAUAAAAACUAUAUUGGGUCUCCUCCUAACUGUAGACCAGAAUGUAUGAUCAGUGCUGAUUGUCCUUUGGAAUUAGCAUGCAUAAAUCAAAAAUGUCAGGAUCCUUGCAAAGGAACCUGCGGUAUAAACGCAAGAUGCCAAGUUGUUAACCACAAUCCGAUAUGUAGUUGCUCGCCUAGUUUUACUGGAGAUCCGUUCGUCAGAUGUCAACAAGAAGACAGAAAACCACCUCCACCUGAAAAUGUAUGUGUUCCAUCACCAUGUGGACCAAACGCCAGAUGUCGAGAAAUAGGAAAUAUACCAACGUGUUCUUGUUCACCUGGCUACAUUGGUAGACCACCAAAUUGUAGACCAGAAUGUACAAUAAAUGCGGAAUGUUCAAGUACAUUGGCUUGUCAAAAUGAGAAAUGCAUAGAUCCUUGCCCUGGUUCUUGUGGAAUCAAUGCGGAUUGCCAAGUGAUAAACCACCGUUCUGUAUGUUCUUGUAGGGUUGGUUACACUGGCGAUCCUUUCGGAGGAUGUUCAGCGAUUCCUAUUGUACAACCAACCGAACAACCAAGGAAUCCAUGUAACCCUUCUCCAUGUGGAGCUAACGCUGUUUGUAGAGAAAAGAACGGAAUUGGUUCUUGCACAUGUCUACCGGAAUAUUUCGGAGACCCUUACACAAGUUGCAGACCAGAAUGCGUUACCAACACCGACUGUCCUAGAAAUAAGGCUUGCGUUAACAAUAAAUGUAUAGAUCCUUGUCCAGGAACUUGUGGUUUGAACGCUGAAUGUACUGUUAGCAACCACGCUCCAAUAUGUAACUGUUUGCCAGGUUACACAGGAAAUCCUCUAUCUUCUUGUCACCUACCACAACCUAUUGUGCAUGAUCUUGUAAAUCCUUGUCAACCAUCACCUUGUGGACCUUAUAGUGUAUGUAAAGUAAUAAACGAACAUGCUGUAUGUUCUUGUCAGACCAAUUACAUUGGGUCUCCUCCUGCAUGUAGACCUGAAUGUAUGGUAAGCUCGGAAUGUCCACAGGACAAAGCAUGCAUAAAAAAUAAAUGCCAAGACCCAUGUGUGGCAACUUGUGGAAUAAAUGCACGAUGCAAUACUAUAAACCAUAACCCUAUUUGUACAUGUCCUGCUGGUUUUAUAGGAGAUCCGUUCAUUCAGUGUAUAAGGGAAAUAUCAACUACUCCUCGACCUAGUGAAAAUCCUUGCAUUCCAUCGCCUUGUGGUCAGAAUUCUCAAUGUAGAAAUGUAGCUGGUCAAGCAGCAUGCUCUUGCUUGCCAAACUACAUUGGACGUGCACCAAAUUGUAGACCAGAGUGUACUAUAAAUGAGGAAUGUCCAAAUAAUCUAGCAUGUCAAAAUGAGAAAUGUGUUGAUCCUUGUCCAGGAUCAUGUGGAUCUUUCACUAAUUGUAUAGUUGUAAACCAUGCUCCGAACUGUCAAUGCGUAUCUGGUUAUACUGGUGAUCCUUUCACUGGUUGCUCUCAAAUUCCACGUACUCCACCAACAACAGAGAGACCUAGAAACCCUUGUGAUCCUUCACCAUGUGGUGCUAAUGCUCUUUGCAAGGUACAGGGUACAGCAGGUUCUUGUACAUGCUUACCUGAGUACACUGGAGAUCCUUACACUGGUUGUAGACCAGAAUGUGUGACGAAUACAGAUUGCGAUCGUAGCAGGGCUUGCGUGAAUAAUAAAUGUAUAGACCCAUGCCCAGGAACAUGCGGUAUUAACGCGGAAUGUAGAGUUCUGAAUCACGCACCAUCUUGUAGUUGUAUAACUGGGUACACUGGAGACCCAGCUAGACUUUGCUACGUUUUGAAACCUGAGAAAAAACCGACUUUCCCUUGCCAACCUUCGCCAUGUGGUCCAUACAGUCAAUGUCGCGCUAUAAACGACCAGGCUGUAUGCUCCUGUUCUCAAGGUUAUGUUGGAACACCACCUAUGUGUAGACCUGAAUGCAUAAUAAGCUCGGAAUGUCCUCAGAAUCUCGCUUGUAAAAAUCAGAAAUGCGUUGAUCCAUGUCCUGGUACUUGUGGUUUAAAUGCUAGCUGUAGGGUUAUAAAUCACAAUCCGAUAUGUGGCUGCUUGCCUGGUUUUACAGGAGAUCCUUUCACCAGCUGUUCCCAAAUACCUCAAACAACUCCUCCACCUAGAAGAGUAGCAUGUGAACCUAGUCCGUGUGGACCAAACUCUCAAUGUAGAAUUGUUGGCGAUCAACCUGCAUGCUCUUGUUUGCCAAACUAUAUAGGUCGUCCACCAAACUGCAGACCAGAGUGUAUUAACGAUCUCGAAUGUCCUAAUCAUUUAGCAUGCAAAAGCGAAAAAUGCAGAGAUCCAUGUCCUGGAAGCUGCGGAAACAAUGCUCAAUGUACAGUUGUUAACCAUAAGCCUGUAUGCUCUUGUUUGCCUGGUUAUAUCGGAGAUCCUAUCAGUUCUUGUAGAAUUGCUCCUCCUCCAUCUACCGAAGGACCACCACCAUCGCCUUGUUACCCAUCUCCAUGUGGGCCGAACGCAGAGUGCAGAGAAAGAAACGGCGCAGGCGCAUGCUCGUGUGCCACUGGCUUCUUCGGAAAUGCAUACGAUAAAGAGCGAGGUUGUCACAGAGAAUGCGAGAGGAGCAGCGACUGUGCCCCACAACUGGCCUGUGUCUCCUUCAAAUGCGUGGAUCCUUGUCCUGGAACUUGUGGAAUAUUAGCGCAAUGCAGUGUUACCAACCAUAUACCGACUUGUACUUGCGUGGAAGGAUUCACGGGAGAUCCUUUCUCUCAGUGUACCGAAAUCAGAAAAGUGCCAGAACCAGUACCGCAGGAUCCUUGUGCAAGAUCACCAUGUGGACCAAACAGCCAAUGUAGAAACGUUAACAGCCAACCUGUUUGUUCGUGUUUGCCUAAUUACGUUGGAAGUCCACCGAGCUGCAGACCUGAGUGUGUGGUUAGUUCGGAAUGUCCUGAGGAUAGGGCCUGUCUCAACAACAGAUGCACAGAUCCUUGCCCUAACACGUGUGGCAUUGGCGCACAGUGCACCACCAAAUACCACAAUCCCAUUUGCGCUUGUCCUCCAGGUUAUUCAGGAGAUCCAUUCACAAGAUGCGCCCCACAACCUGUUGAGGAAGAGAACACAGAAAGACCACCAUCAUGCCAACCAUCGCCAUGUGGACCUAACUCACAAUGCAGAAUGAUCGGAGGCAAUCCUUCGUGCUCUUGUCUACCAGAAUUCAUCGGAAUGCCACCAAACUGCAGACCUGAAUGCGUGCUCAGUUCUGAGUGCUCGAGUCAGCUAGCUUGUAUCAAACAAAAGUGCAGAGAUCCUUGUCCAGGAUCCUGUGGAGUUAACGCCAAAUGUACCAUUCUAAAUCAUACGCCGAUCUGUACUUGCGAGGAGGGUUACGAAGGAGAUCCUUUCACCCUCUGCUCCAUGAAACCAGCCGUCACAGAACCACCACGUAAGAGUGACCCAUGCAAUCCAUCACCAUGCGGUCCAAAUGCUAGGUGCGACAAUGGAGUAUGCACAUGUUUGCCUGACUAUCAAGGAAAUCCUUACGAAUCUUGCAGACCAGAAUGCGUAUUGAGCACUGAAUGUACAAGAGACAAGGCUUGCAUCAGGAAUAAGUGCGUGGAUCCAUGUCCUGGAGUGUGUGGACAAAACGCCAAAUGCGACGUCAUCAAUCAUAUUCCAACUUGUUCUUGUCCUGGCGGUCUAACCGGAGAUCCGUUUACUUUAUGCAGAUUAGCGCCGAAACCACCAGAAAGGAGAGAUCCUUGCAACCCUUCGCCCUGCGGUCCAAACAGCCAAUGUAGAAACAUCAAUAACAAUGCCGUAUGUUCUUGUAUACAAGGAUACUUCGGAGCUCCGCCAAACUGCAAACCGGAAUGUCUAGUCAGUGCAGAAUGCGCCCCAACAAGAGCUUGUAUCAACCAGAAAUGUAUAGAUCCUUGUCUUGGCUCGUGCGGAAUCGGUGCUAGGUGUGAAGUUAUCAACCACAGUCCGAUAUGUAGUUGUCCAGAAGGACAGACAGGUGAUCCGUUCUCUUCAUGCAGGGAAAUAAGAAUACCACCAACACCACCACCGGUUGUAAACCCAUGCGAUCCUUCACCUUGUGGACCUAACUCAGUUUGUAGGGUAGUUGGUGACCAAGCAGCUUGUUCUUGUGUUGAAAACUACGUUGGCAAUCCACCGAGCUGCCGACCAGAAUGUAUCAUAAACCCUGACUGUCAACCCAAUCUUGCAUGUAUCAACAACAAAUGUUCGGACCCUUGUCCAGGAAGCUGCGGAGAAAACACAGUGUGCAAGGUCAUAGGACAUACCGUUUCUUGCUCUUGUUCCCCAGGAUAUACAGGAAACCCAUUUGUCCAGUGCGUCAUUCAGGCUAAAGAUGAGAAAAUCAAUCCUUGCGAACCAUCACCAUGUGGAACAAACGCUGAAUGUAAACAGAAGAACGGCGUAGGCUCAUGUACGUGCAUUCCAGGUUACCAAGGCAACCCUUACGAGAGUUGCAAACCGGAAUGUGUAUUGAGUUCGGAUUGUCCUACGAACAAGGCCUGCAACAGGAACAAAUGCGUCGAUCCUUGCCCUGGAGUGUGUGGAGUCAACGCAGAUUGUGCCGUUGUGAAUCAUAUACCAACUUGUACAUGUUCUGUGGGAUACGAAGGAGAUCCGUUCAGGGAAUGCCGUGUUCCACUACCACUACCGACUGAACCAACAGUCUUCGACCCUUGUCAACCAUCGCCGUGCGGACCUAACAGUCAAUGCAGAAACGUGAAUGGACAGGGCGUGUGUUCGUGUCUACCGGAAUUCACUGGUUCACCUCCCAACUGUAAACCGGAGUGUGUCGUCAGUUCAGAAUGUUCGCCAAAUCAAGCGUGCCAUAAUUUCAAGUGUGCCAAUCCUUGUGCUGGGUCUUGCGGCUUGGGAGCCAGAUGCGAGGUCAUCAAUCACAAUCCUAUUUGUAGCUGUCCAUCUGGUUUCACUGGUGACCCGUUCAUCAGGUGUAGAGAAGUUCCACCAGAGGUAAAACCCAGACCAAAUCUAAAUCCAUGUGUGCCAUCUCCAUGCGGACCAAACUCUGAAUGUAGAGUGAUCGGAGAACAGGCUUCCUGUUCUUGCCUUGCCAACUACUUCGGACCGCCACCAAAUUGUAGACCGGAAUGUAUAGUGAACACCGACUGUCCCUCCACCAAAGCCUGCAUAAGCGAGAAAUGCAGAGAUCCUUGCGUAGGCUCCUGCGGUUUCAACGCCGACUGCAGAGUCCAGAACCACAUACCGAUCUGUACUUGUAUCGAAGGCUUCGUCGGAGAUCCGUUCACCCAAUGUCAACCGAAAAGAGUUGAACCUGUGGUGCCAGAAGAUCCUUGCUCUCCAAACCCUUGUGGACCGAACGCGCAAUGCGACAACGGAGUUUGCACUUGUCUGCGGCUGUACAACGGCGAUCCUUACAGAGGAUGCAGACCGGAAUGUACGAUGAACACCGACUGUUCGCCUAACAAGGCUUGCAGUAACUCCAGGUGUAUCGAUCCUUGUCCAGGAACUUGUGGACAAAGCGCUGAGUGUUCGGUUAUCAAUCAUAUACCAACUUGUAGUUGUCCCACCGGGUAUGAAGGGGAUCCGUUCACAGCUUGCAGACAGGCUGUUCAAGUUAUUCAAAGAAAUCCUUGCGAGCCAUCACCAUGUGGUCCUAACAGCGUCUGUAGAGUGAACAACGAGGUCGCUGUAUGUUCUUGUCAACCAGGAUUGAUUGGAAGUCCGCCGUCUUGCAGGCCAGAAUGCGUUGUGAGCGCAGAGUGUCCACUUCAGCAGGCCUGCCUGAACAACAAAUGCAUCGAUCCUUGUCCCGGAACAUGCGGUAUCAAUGCCAAGUGCCAAGUCGUCAAUCACAACCCUAUUUGCAGCUGUCCAUCUGACCUUACAGGGGAUCCGUUCUCGAGGUGCUACCAGCGACCAGUUGAGAUACAACCUCCGAUCAACCCGUGCCAACCGUCGCCGUGUGGCCCUAACGCGGUGUGUCAAGUGCGCGGAGAGAGCCCCGCGUGCUCCUGUCUCGAAAACUACGUCGGUAUGCCACCCAACUGCCGUCCGGAGUGUACCAUCAACCCGGAGUGUCCUCAGGACCUAUCGUGCAUAAAUCAAAAGUGCCGCGAUCCUUGCGCGGGCAGUUGCGGUACGAACGCGUUGUGUAACGUCGUGAAUCACAACCCGGUCUGCUCGUGUGUGCCAGGCUUUACCGGCGAUCCGUUCAGAGGCUGCUCCGUCCAACCCGUUGUUGCGCACGACGAACCUCUGAACCCUUGCCUGCCGUCACCAUGUGGCAACAACGCCGUCUGUAAAGAGAGGAAUGGCGCCGGCUCUUGCAGCUGUGUGGCUGAGUACGUUGGCAACCCUUACGAGGGAUGCAGACCGGAAUGCGUCUACAGUUCGGAUUGUCCUUCGAACAAGGCGUGUAUAAGGAACAAAUGCGGCGAUCCUUGUCCUGGUACUUGCGGGCAGAACGCUCUAUGUCAAGUCGUGAACCACUCUCCGACUUGUAGCUGCCUACCAGGUUACACAGGAAACCCCAUGUCAUACUGCAACAUACUACCGGCAUUUGAACCCGUUAAAGAUGAGACUCAACCCUGCAAUCCAUCUCCUUGCGGUCCGAACAGCCAAUGCAGAGAAUUCAACGACCAAGCUGUCUGUUCUUGCUUGUCCGGUUUCCUAGGUAGUCCUCCAAACUGCAGACCAGAGUGUAUGGUCAGUUCGGAGUGUCCUCUGAACAAGGCCUGUUUGAAUAACAAAUGCGUGGAUCCUUGUCUUGGAACUUGUGGAAUCAACACCAACUGUCAAGUCAUCAAUCAUAGCCCAAUUUGUAGUUGUAGGUCUGGAUUUUCUGGCGAUCCUUUCACGAGAUGCGUUCCCAUACCUCCACCUCCUCCAACAUUCGUAGAGCCGGUGGUGACAAAUCCUUGUGUCCCUUCACCUUGUGGUCCAAACUCUCAAUGCCGAGAGAAUGGACCUACACCUUCUUGUUCCUGUCUGCCGAGUUAUAUUGGAAGUCCACCGAAUUGUAGGCCAGAAUGCGUGAUCAAUCAGGAAUGUUCGAGUGUUCAAGCAUGUAUCAGACAAAAAUGUCGAGACCCUUGUUCUGGUGUUUGCGGAUCUGGAGCUCUAUGCGAAGUGGUGAACCAUACGCCAUCUUGUGUUUGUCCACAAGGUUUCGUAGGGGAUCCUUUCAGCUUCUGCUCCCCAAAACCUUCAUUGAUCGCACCUGUUGAAACUGAUCCUUGUCAUCCUUCACCUUGUGGGUCCAACGCUAUUUGUAAUAAUGGUAUUUGUACGUGCCAGCCAGAAUAUCAAGGUGACCCGUACAGAGGUUGUAGACCAGAAUGUGUACUAAAUAGUGAAUGCCCGAGAAACAGAGCUUGCGUUAGGUCUAAGUGUGUAGAUCCAUGCCCUGGAACAUGUUCUUCCAAUGCAAUUUGUGAGGUUAUAAACCAUAUCCCGAUGUGUAGUUGUCCAACGGGAUAUGCAGGAAAUGCUUUCAUAUCCUGCAACAUAAUACAGACACCAGUUGUUACCAACCCUUGUUCUCCUUCACCAUGUGGUCCUAACAGUCAAUGCAGAAACAUAAACGAACAGGCUGUUUGUUCUUGUAUACCUGGUUUUAUCGGUUCACCACCCACAUGUCGACCAGAGUGUGUGCAAAGUUCGGAAUGUUCUAUGAACGAAGCUUGCGUAAACCAAAAAUGUGUGAAUCCCUGUCUUGGCGCUUGUGGUGUUAAUGCCGAAUGUCAGGUUGUAAGCCACAAUCCAAUAUGUACAUGUCGGUUAUCCUUCACAGGAGAUCCAUUCGUUCGUUGUUUUCCGAAACCUCCUGAAGAUCCUAUAAUUGUUAACGUUUGUGAACCUUCACCUUGCGGAGCAAAUUCUCAAUGUAGGGAGAUCAAUAACUUCCCCUCUUGUUCUUGUAUUCCCGGAUUUAGAGGUACACCACCCAACUGCAGACCUGAAUGCAUCAGCAACAACGAAUGUGCCAAUCAUUUGGCUUGUAUCGGCACGAAAUGCAAAGAUCCUUGUCCUGGAGUAUGCGGUCAAAAUGCGGAAUGUCGCGUAGUGAGCCAUGCACCAAAUUGUGUAUGUCUUCCAGGGUACGAAGGUGAUCCUUUCAACAGAUGCUCACUUAAAAUACAACAACCAAUAAUACAAGAAUCCAUAAACCCUUGUUCACCUUCGCCUUGUGGCGUUAACGCAGUAUGUAAAGAAAGAAACAACGCAGGAUCUUGUACGUGUCUGCCGGAAUACCUUGGUAAUCCUUAUGAAGGAUGCAGACCGGAAUGUUCUGUAAAUUCCGAUUGUCCAUUGAACAAAGCUUGUUUGAGGAAUAAAUGUAUUGAUCCAUGUCCUGGAACGUGUGGUCAAAAUGCAAAUUGCCAAACGGUAAAUCACAUCCCUUCGUGUACUUGUCUACCUAACUAUCAAGGAAAUCCGUUUUCGAUUUGUCAUCCAAUACAGCCUAUUAUUACUGAGGACGAAGUGAAAAAUCCAUGUCAACCAUCUCCAUGUGGUCCGAAUAGUCAAUGUAGAGAGGUUAACUCACAAGCAGUUUGUUCAUGUUUACCUGAUUUCGUGGGUAGUCCACCAGGUUGUCGACCUGAGUGUGUUAUGAGCCAAGAAUGCCCAUUGAACGAGGCUUGUGUUAAUCAGAAAUGCAAAGAUCCUUGCCCUGGUACUUGUGGUUUGAACGCACAAUGUCAAGUUAUCAAACACAGCCCUAUUUGUAGCUGCAGAAAUGGUUUUACAGGUGACCCGUUCACCAGAUGUUUUUCGAUACCACUAAUGAAAGACGAGCCGAUAACUCCAGUGGUAACUAACCCAUGCUUCCCAUCACCUUGUGGUGCGUAUUCAGAAUGUCGAGAUAUACGUGGACAACCAUCAUGUACUUGCUCGCCCAAUUACGUUGGAAGUCCGCCCAACUGUAGGCCAGAAUGUAUAGUCAAUUCUGAAUGCUCCAGCAAUCAGGCUUGCAUAAGGCAAAAAUGUUCAGAUCCUUGCCCUGGAGCUUGUGGUUCAGGAGCCCAAUGCAAUGUUAUAAAUCAUACCCCCAUUUGCUCUUGCGCAGAUGGUUUUAGAGGAAAUCCAUUCGAUUUUUGCAGACCUGCGCCACCACCAGAUCCAAUAGAAACACCAGAUCCUUGUUACCCAAAUCCUUGUGGUUCGAAUGCCCAAUGCAAUAACGGUAUUUGCACUUGUUUAUCAAUUUUUCAAGGAGAUCCAUACCAGGGUUGUAGACCAGAAUGUGUACUGAACAACGAUUGUGCAAGAAAUCUUGCAUGUGUGAGAAAUAAAUGUGUAGAUCCUUGCAUAGGAACAUGUGGACAGAACGCACAAUGUUCCACUGUAAACCACAUUCCGAUGUGUAGCUGCUUAGAGGGUUAUAUAGGAAACGCUUUUGUUUCUUGCAAUAAAGCACCAGUUCGUCCAAUAAAUAUAUGUACACCCUCACCGUGUGGACCUAACAGUCAAUGCAGAGAAAUAAAUGGUCAACCUGUCUGUUCGUGUGCUCCGGGCUUUAUAGGAUCACCACCUACUUGUAGACCAGAAUGUUUGAGUAGUUCAGAAUGUGCUCUCAACGAAGCUUGCGUCAAUCAAAAAUGUGUAAAUCCCUGUCUUGGAACUUGUGGAUUGAGCGCUAUUUGCAAUGUUGUAAACCAUAAUCCUAUUUGUUCUUGUCCACCUCAGAUGAUUGGCGAUCCUUUCACCAGAUGUUAUCCAAAACCUAUGGAAGAACCUGUCGAAGUACCUCAAAACCCUUGUCAACCAUCACCAUGUGGUCCUAAUUCACAAUGCCGAGAAAUUAAUGAGUCCCCAAGUUGUUCUUGCUUAGAAGGUUUCGUGGGAUCACCACCUCUCUGCAAACCUGAAUGUAUAAGCAACAGCGAAUGUCCAAAUAAUCUCGCGUGCAUCAGACAAAAAUGUAAAGAUCCCUGUCAAGGUAUCUGUGGUCAAAAUGCUGAAUGUCGGGUUGUGACGCAUACUCCCAAUUGCGUAUGUUUGCCUGGCUUCAAUGGUGAUCCUUUCAUCAACUGCGUUAAGGAGGUUAUAGCACAAGAAGUUCUGAAUCCUUGCAAUCCAUCUCCAUGUGGUACUAAUGCAGUGUGUUCUCAUAGAAACAGAGCAGGUUCAUGUACUUGCAUUAAAGAUUAUAUAGGCAAUCCUUACGAGGGCUGCAGACCAGAAUGCUCUAUCAAUUCAGAUUGUUCCUCAAACUUAGCUUGCGUAAACGGAAAAUGCAAAGAUCCCUGCCCUGGUUCUUGUGGACAGAAUGCAGUGUGCCAGGUUAUCAAUCAUCUACCACAAUGUACCUGCUUCCCUGGAUACUCAGGGGAUCCUUUCAGAUUCUGCAGCGUCAAUCAACCUGUUGAAGAAGAACCAACUGAUCCUUGCCAGCCUAGUCCUUGUGGUCCGAACAGUCAAUGUAAGGAAAUAAAUGGACAAGCUGUUUGUUCUUGCUUGCCAGAAUUUACUGGAACUCCACCAAGUUGUCGACCAGAGUGUGUUGUAAGCUCUGAAUGUGCAAUGAAUAAAGCUUGUAGUCAGCAGAAAUGUAUUGAUCCUUGUCCUGGUGUUUGUGGACUGAAUUCGAACUGUCAAGUCAUUAAGCACAGUCCAAUUUGUUCUUGUAGACCUGGAUUUACUGGUGAUCCGUUCACUAGGUGUUAUGAAAUUCCACCUCCAGUCCCAGAAGUAAAACCUCUCGUUAUUCAAAAUCCAUGUUUACCAAGUCCAUGCGGACCAAAUGCGGAAUGUAGAGAUAUAGGUGGUUCGCCAUCUUGUUCAUGCUUGCCUAACUUUAUGGGUUCACCACCAAAUUGUCGACCAGAGUGUAGCAUAAAUUCAGAAUGUUCAAGCAAUCAGGCAUGUAUAAGACAAAAGUGUAGGGAUCCAUGUCCAGGUUCUUGUGGUGCUGAUGCCAUUUGUAACGUAAUAAACCAUAUUCCUACUUGCAAUUGCCCAGAAGGUUAUGAAGGUGAUCCAUUCAGAUAUUGUUCACCUAAACCAACGAAGCCUGUUGCAGUUGAAACUGAUCCUUGCAAUCCUUCCCCUUGUGGAUUCAAUACCAAAUGCGAUAAUGGUGUAUGCACUUGCUUGCCGGAGUAUCAAGGAGACCCUUAUGCAGGUUGUAGACCGGAAUGUGUCUUGAAUAACGAUUGCGUAUUCAGCAAGGCUUGUAUCAGAAACAAAUGCAUUGAUCCUUGUCCUGGAACUUGUGGUCAAAACGCUGAAUGUUCAGUUUUGAAUCAUAUACCAAUGUGUUCCUGUCGUCAGGGUAUGACAGGAAACGCCUUUAUCUCUUGUAAUGCUGUACCUGAUGAAAUACCUAAGAAUCCUUGUAAUCCAUCGCCAUGUGGACCAAACAGUCAAUGUAGAGAAAUCAACGGACAAGCAGUUUGUUCUUGUAUUCCAGGUUAUCUAGGAAAUCCUCCAACUUGUAGGCCAGAAUGUAUGAUAAGCUUGGAAUGUUCUCUUUCUCAAGCGUGUGUCAAUCAGAAAUGUAUAAAUCCAUGCCUUGGUACUUGUGGCCUCAACGCCAAAUGCCAAGUUGUAAACCACAAUCCUAUAUGUAGUUGUCCACCAGAAUUCAUUGGAGAUCCCUUCACACGAUGUACACCAAAACCACCUGCUCCGGUAGAAAUCCCUCAAAAUCCAUGUCAACCAUCCACAUGUGGACCAAACUCAGACUGCAGAGAAAUCAACGGCUCCCCAUCUUGUUCUUGCUUGCCAGAAUUCUUGGGAACACCUCCCAAUUGCAGACCGGAAUGUAUAACGAAUAGCGAGUGUUCGAAUACAUUAGCCUGUAUAAAUCGCAAAUGUAAAGACCCUUGCAUUGGAAUGUGUGGACAGAACGCCCACUGUCGUACUGUCAACCAUAUACCAAUUUGUAUGUGCAACUCUGGUUUCCUCGGAGAUCCUUUCAUUCUUUGCAACGUACAGAGAAAUAUGACCCAAGAAAUUUUGAGUCCUUGUAGUCCUUCACCAUGCGGAUCUAACGCUAUCUGCAAAGAACAAAGCCGAGCUGGAUCUUGUACUUGUGUAGAUGACUAUAUCGGUAAUCCUUAUGAAGGAUGCAGGCCAGAAUGUACCUUAAAUUCGGACUGCUCUUACAACAAAGCUUGUAUUCGAAACAAAUGCAAAGAUCCUUGUCCAGGAACAUGUGGUCAAAACGCGCAAUGUCAAGUUGUUAACCAUCUUCCAAUGUGUACUUGUAUACAAGGUUACACAGGAAACCCAUUCAGCUUCUGUAACUUGGUACAGCCGGUUGGAGACGAGGUUAUUCAGAACCCUUGCCAACCCAGUCCUUGUGGUCCAAACAGUCAAUGUCGCGAGAUAAAUGGUCAAGCGGUUUGCUCUUGUUUGCCCAAUUUCUUUGGGUCUCCACCCGCUUGCCGACCAGAAUGUACAGUAAGUUCAGAGUGCAGCCUCGACAAGGCUUGCGUCAAUAAUAAAUGCACUGAUCCUUGUUUGGGAAGCUGCGGUUUGAACAGUAAUUGUCAAGUCAUAAACCACAGUCCGAUAUGUUCUUGUAAGCCUGGAGAUACUGGAGAUCCGUUCACGAUGUGCAGACCUAUUCCACCAACACCAAUCAUUCCAAAGCCUGUGAAUGUAGAUCCAUGUAUUCCAUCACCUUGUGGUGCUAAUUCUCAGUGUCGAAAUAUAAAUGGAUUCCCCUCUUGUUCUUGUCUGGAAAGUUUCCAAGGUGUUCCGCCCAACUGUAGACCUGAAUGCGUUAUUAAUUCGGAUUGUUCAAGUAAUCUGGCUUGUAUCAGACAAAAAUGCAGAGAUCCAUGCGUUGGAUCAUGUGCUACAAGCGCAGUGUGCACAGUUAUCAAUCACACCCCAUCUUGUACUUGUCCUGAUGGUUACACUGGAGAUCCAUUCAGUUAUUGUUCACUGAAACCAAAACCGAUCGAGCCGGUCGUUGUUGACAAAUGCAAUCCUUCGCCAUGUGGACCUAAUAGCCUAUGUAGAGAUGGAGUAUGUUCUUGUUUACCCGAGUAUCAAGGAGAUCCUUAUCGUGGUUGUAGGCCUGAGUGCGUGUUGAACAAUGAUUGUCCAAGAAACAGAGCUUGCAUCAGAAAUAAAUGCGAAGAUCCCUGUCCUGGAACCUGCGGACUCAAUGCUGAUUGCUCGGUUAUCAACCACAUUCCAAUGUGCACAUGUAUCGUGGGUUACCAAGGAAACGCCUUCGUCGCUUGUAAUCCUCAACCAGCCCUACCACAAAAUCCAUGCACUCCAUCACCAUGUGGACCAAACAGUCAAUGCAGAGAAAUAAACGAUCAAGCAGUAUGUUCUUGUGUUCCUGAUUACAUUGGAUCGCCACCUACUUGCAGACCUGAAUGUGUCACAAGCGCAGAAUGUUCCCUGAACGAAGCGUGUUCAAAUCAGAAAUGCAUAAAUCCAUGUCUUGGUACUUGUGGAAUCGGUGCCAAUUGUCAAGUUGUAAAUCACAAUCCCAUUUGUUCUUGUCCACCCUCUAUGAGCGGAGAUCCGUUCAUACGUUGUUUAAUAGUUCAGGAAGAACCUGUUAUUCCUUCGAAUCCAUGUCAACCUUCACCCUGUGGACCUAACGCGCAAUGUAGGGAAAUCAACGAAUCACCAUCUUGCUCUUGUUUGCCAAACUUUGUGGGAGUGCCACCAAACUGUAAACCAGAGUGCGUGGCUAACAGCGAAUGUCCUAAUAACUUAGCUUGUAUUGGUCAGAAAUGCAGAGAUCCAUGUCCGGGUGUUUGUGGCCAAAACGCCGAAUGUCGUGUUGUAAGUCACACACCUAACUGUGUUUGCAUACAAGGAUUCGUUGGAAAUCCGUUCACGAGCUGUCAACAUCCAAUGCCGAUAAAAAUAGAAGAAACAAGACCUUGUUCACCUUCGCCAUGUGGUGCCAAUGCCAAAUGUACAGAAAGGAAUAAUGCUGGGUCAUGUACUUGUCUUUCAGAUUACAUAGGGAAUCCUUACGAAGGCUGCAGACCUGAAUGUGUCCUACAUUCUGACUGCGUCUCAAAUAAGGCAUGUGUAAACAAUAAAUGUCAAGAUCCUUGUCCAGGUACUUGUGGACAAAACGCUUUGUGUUCAGUCGUCAAUCACUCUCCAUCUUGUACAUGCAUUGUAGGAUAUACCGGUGAUCCUUUCAGAUAUUGUAAUCCCAUACCUGUAUUAGCUAUUGAAGACGAAAAACCAUCCAACCCAUGUCAACCAAGUCCAUGUGGACCUAAUAGUCAAUGUAGGAACGUCAACGAUCAAGCGGUUUGUUCAUGCUUGCCGAAUUAUAUUGGAAGUCCACCUGGAUGCAGACCAGAAUGCGUAGUCAGUUUCGAAUGUCCUCAAAAUAAGGCUUGUGUGAAUCAGAAAUGCGUAGAUCCUUGUUUGGAAGGUCCUUGCGGCCGCAAUACACGUUGUCAAGUGCUCAAUCAUAGCCCAAUAUGUACUUGUGUUGCAGGAUAUACAGGAAAUCCUUUCACUGUGUGUCAACUCAUACCACCUCCUGAAGCCGAUACACCCAUUAUAAUCAAUCCAUGUGUGCCUUCCCCAUGUGGUCCGAACAGUCAAUGCCGUGAAGUUGGAAACAGUCCGUCUUGCUCUUGUCUAUCUGGCUAUUUGGGCUCACCGCCUCAAUGUAGACCAGAAUGUGGCAUAAAUCAAGAAUGCGCCAGCAAUUUAGCUUGUAUCCAACAGAAAUGUCGCGAUCCUUGUCCAGGAUCUUGUGGUUCUGGUGCAUUAUGUAACGUCAUCAAUCAUAAUGCUGUUUGUACUUGUCCGGAUGGUUUUACAGGAGAUCCUUUCAGCUAUUGCACACCAAAACCACCAACACCAGUCGUUGUUGAAUCAGACCCUUGUAACCCAAGUCCUUGUGGAUCGAAUGCAGAGUGUAACAAUGGUAUUUGUACUUGUAUAGCGGAGUAUCAUGGAGAUCCGUACAGAGGUUGCAGACCUGAAUGUAUAACUAGUUCGGAUUGUCCUAGGGACAAAACUUGUUCACGGAAUAAAUGUAUCGAUCCAUGUCCUGGAACAUGUGGUCAAAACGCCGUUUGUAAUGUUCACGAACACGUACCAAUGUGUAGUUGUCUUCAAGGAUAUUCUGGCAAUGCGUUUGUUUUAUGUUCCCAAAUACAAGCACCAAUAAUUCAAAACCCAUGUUCACCAUCGCCUUGUGGUCCGAACAGUCAAUGCAGAGUGAUAAACCAGCAAGCUGUAUGUUCUUGUCUGCCCAAUUACUUGGGAAGUCCACCGACUUGUAGACCUGAAUGUAUCACUAGUUCGGAAUGUUUACUGACUCAAGCGUGUGUUAAUCAAAAAUGUAUAGACCCAUGUCCUGGUACUUGUGGUUUCAACGCCCUGUGCCAAGUCGUAAAUCAUAAUCCCAUCUGCAGUUGUCCUGUCCAGCAAACUGGUGAUCCGUUUACCAGAUGCUUACCCUUCCAACCAGUUGAGGAAGAUCCUGGAAACCCAUGCCAACCAUCCCCUUGCGGACCAAAUGCGCAAUGCAGGGAAGUAAACGGGAACCCUUCAUGUUCCUGCUUGCCAGAGUUCAUCGGUAAUCCGCCAAAUUGUAGACCUGAAUGCGUGAGCAACAACGAAUGCCCGAACAACCUGGCUUGUUUGAACUUGAAGUGUAAGGAUCCCUGUCCGAAUACAUGCGGUCUGAAUGCAGAAUGCCGCGUUGUCAGUCAUACUCCCAACUGCGCCUGCAUCCCAGGAUACACCGGUGAUCCCUUCACCGCCUGCAACAUUCAAGCUCCCGUCGUACAACAAGAAGAAAUAUCACCCUGUCAGCCCAGUCCUUGCGGCGCCAAUGCUGAAUGUAGGGUUCGAAACAGAGCAGGGUCUUGCACUUGUCUCAGUGACUACAUUGGAAAUCCGUACGAAGGGUGCAGACCUGAAUGUACCGUCAAUUCUGACUGUGAACCUUCGAAGGCUUGUAUAAGAAAUAAAUGUUUGAAUGCCUGUCCUGGUACUUGCGGACUCAACGCGGUUUGUCACGUGACCAACCAUCUACCAUCUUGUACCUGUUUGCCUGGUUUCACCGGAAACCCAUUCAGCAAUUGUAACAAUAUUCCUCCACAACCUAUUUACGAAGAACCUACGAAUCCUUGUCAGCCCUCACCAUGCGGACCUAACAGUCAAUGUAGGGAAAUCAAUGAGCAAGCGGUCUGUUCUUGUUUAGAAACCUUUGUAGGUUCACCACCAAACUGCAGACCUGAAUGUGUUGUUAGCUCGGAAUGUCCACAUGAUAAGGCUUGUUUGAAUCAGAAAUGUGUGAACCCUUGUGGAAACAACUGUGGAUCGAAUGCCGAUUGUCAAGUUAUUAACCAUUCUCCUAUAUGUUCUUGUCGAGCUGGAUUUACAGGAGAUCCUUUCUUCAGAUGCGUCAGGAUUAUGCUACCUUUGGUUGUCAAUCCACCGGUUGUCCAAGAUCCUUGCUACCCAUCACCGUGUGGUGCUAACAGCAGAUGCAGAAAUAUAAACGGAAUGCCAUCUUGCUCCUGUCUUGAAAACUAUUCAGGAACACCUCCAAACUGUAGACCAGAAUGUACAAUCAAUUCUGAAUGUCCCAGCAAUCUCGCUUGUAUAAGAGAGAAAUGUAGAGAUCCUUGUCAAGGUUCUUGUGGAAGCAAUGCUGUUUGUAACGUUAUAAAUCACACACCAUCAUGCGCUUGCUUAGAAGGUUAUACAGGAGAUCCUUUCAGUUAUUGUUCAUUGAAACCGAUACCUACUGAGCCUGUAAUUCUUGAUAAAUGUAAUCCAUCGCCUUGUGGGGCUAAUGCCAAUUGCAACGAUGGUAUAUGUUCUUGUAUAGCAGAGCAUUCUGGAGACCCAUACAUAGCUUGUCGACCAGAAUGUGUCCUGAACAACGAUUGUCCAAGAGAUAAGGCUUGUAUACGUAAUAAAUGCCAGAACCCAUGCGUAGGAAUUUGCGGGCAAAACGCAGAAUGUUCAGUUAUCAACCACAUACCUAUGUGCACAUGCAUUCAAGGAUUCAUUGGAAACGCUUUCGUUAUCUGUAAUCGGGAACAAGCCGUUGUAGUUACAAACCCAUGUAGACCUUCACCUUGCGGUCCCAACAGCCAAUGUCGUGAAAUAAAUGAACAGGCUGUAUGUUCUUGCGUGCCUGGAUUCAUUGGCAGCCCGCCUUCUUGUAGACCUGAGUGUGUGACUAGCAUGGAAUGCUCUCUGAAUGAAGCUUGUGUCAAUCAGAAAUGCGUCGAUCCUUGUCCAGGAACCUGUGGACUGAGCGCUUUGUGCAAAGUCGUGAAUCACAAUCCCGUUUGUAGUUGUCCAGAGAAUUAUAUAGGAAACCCCUUCAGUAGAUGUACACCAAAACCUUUCGAAGAACCUAUAGAAGAACCUACAGAUCCUUGUAUGCCCUCUCCUUGUGGUCCGUACUCUCAAUGUAGGGAUGUUAAUGGAUCACCAUCUUGUUCUUGCUUGGCUGAAUAUGUUGGAGUACCACCGAACUGCAAACCUGAAUGUAUAAGUAACAGCGAGUGUCCACAUAACUUGGCUUGUAUCAAUCAGAAAUGCAAGAAUCCUUGUACGAACACUUGCGGAGCAAAUGCUGAGUGUAGAGUGAUAAGUCAUACUCCCAACUGCGUUUGCCUACAAGGUUAUAUAGGAAAUCCAUUCGUCAACUGUGAACUCCCAAUUUCUCCAAUUGAAACUAUAACACCUUGUUCUCCUUCUCCUUGUGGAACAAAUGCGGUGUGUAAGGCCCAAAAUAGAGCCGGUUCUUGCCAAUGCAUUGAAGGUUAUAUUGGAAAUCCCUAUGAAGGUUGUAGACCUGAAUGUGUUCUCAAUUCUGACUGUCCAUCAAGUCUGGCAUGUAUCAAUAACAAAUGCAAAGAUCCCUGCCCUGGAACUUGUGCCGCUAAUGCACUUUGCCAGAUUAUAAACCAUCUUCCAACUUGUACUUGCAUUGAAGGAUUCACUGGAGAUCCAUUCAGAUAUUGUCAAAUUAUACAACCUGUAGAAGAAGAUAUUCCACAAAAUCCUUGUAGUCCAAGCCCAUGUGGGCCCAAUAGUCAAUGUAAAGAAAAUAACAAUCAGGCAAUAUGUUCAUGUUUGCCUAAUUAUAUUGGAAGUCCACCGGGCUGUCGACCUGAAUGUGUUGUAAGCUCGGAAUGUGCUCAAAACAUGGCUUGUUCAAAUCAAAAAUGCAUAGACCCAUGCCCUGGAACCUGCGGUCUUAACACCAAUUGCCAAGUCAUAAAUCAUAGCCCAAUUUGCAGUUGCAAGAGUUCCUAUACUGGAAAUCCCUUCACAACUUGUUAUCUCAUUCCUCAAACACCGGUUAUAAUUGAAAAUAUCGUGACAGACCCAUGUUUCCCAUCACCAUGUGGUCCUAAUUCAGAAUGUAAAGCUCUCAAUGGCUUACCAUCUUGUUCUUGUCUUACGAAUUUCAACGGCAGUCCUCCAAAUUGUAGACCUGAAUGUACCGUGAAUUCGGAAUGCCCAAGUAAUUUAGCUUGUAUUAGAGAGAAAUGUAGGGAUCCUUGUCCAGGUUCUUGUGGUGUUAACGCUAUGUGCAGCGUCAUCAACCAUAUACCAAUAUGCUCUUGUCCAGAUGGGUAUAUUGGUGACGCUUUCUCGUACUGUAAUAUUGCACCCAAGCCAAUUCAACCCAUUGAAGAUGAUCCUUGUAACCCAUCACCGUGUGGUCUCAAUGCACAAUGUAACUCCGGAAUUUGUACUUGUCUGCCCGAGUAUCAAGGUGAUCCAUACAGGGAAUGCCGACCUGAGUGUGUCUUAAACAAUGAUUGUCCAAGAAAUAAAGCUUGCGUAUCUAGAAAAUGUGUCGAUCCUUGUCCAGGAACUUGUGGAAUAAACGCCGAUUGUUCUGUUUUUAAUCAUAUACCGAUGUGCACUUGUCUACAAGGCUUUGUCGGUAACGCUUUCGUUCAGUGCAACAAAAUACAAGAACUACUUCCGCAAAAUCCAUGCAGUCCUUCACCUUGCGGACCGAACAGUCAGUGUAAAGAAAUAAAUGGACAGGCCGUAUGUUCUUGCGUACCAGGUUUCAUAGGAAGUCCGCCUACCUGCAGACCGGAAUGCGUCAUUUCGACUGAAUGCUCCAUGAAUAAGGCUUGCGUCAAUCAGAAAUGCGUAGAUCCCUGUCCAGGUACUUGCGGUAUCAACGCCAUCUGCCAGGUGGUGAACCACAACCCGAUUUGUAGUUGUAGACCUGGUUUAACAGGAGAUCCUUUCACUAGAUGCCUUCCAAUAUAUGAAGAACCAGUAACUGCACCGUCUAAUCCAUGUCAACCUUCACCGUGUGGUCCCAACUCACAGUGUAAAGAUGUGAACGGAUCGCCAUCUUGUUCGUGUCUACCCGAGUAUAUAGGCACACCGCCAAAUUGUAGACCUGAAUGCGUCAGUAACAGCGAAUGUUCAAGUCGACUAGCUUGUAUCAAUCAGAAGUGUAAGGACCCCUGUCCUGGCACUUGCGGUCUGAACGCAGAAUGUAGAGUUGUCAGUCACACGCCAAACUGCGUUUGUUUGCCACAAUACAUAGGCAAUCCAUUCGUACAGUGCAAUUUACCACCACCACAACCACCCGUCAAGAUUACACCCUGUACCCCAUCACCAUGUGGUGCCAACGCUAUUUGUAAGGAACAGAAUAACGCAGGAUCUUGCACUUGCCUUCCUGAAUACAUCGGUAACCCUUACGAAGGUUGCAGACCUGAAUGUGUACUCAACUCUGAUUGCCCCUCUAACAAGGCUUGCGUCAGGAAUAAGUGCAUUGAUCCUUGCCCUGGAACUUGUGGCCAAAACGCACUAUGCCAAGUUAUAAACCAUCUACCUUCAUGUAAUUGUUUCGAAGGUUACACAGGCGAUCCUUUCAGAUACUGCAAUCUGAGACCAAUUACAGAACCAAUCGAAGAUGAGAAGAAUCCUUGUGAUCCAAAUCCUUGUGGUCCGAACAGUCAAUGUAAAGAAGUCAACGAACAGGCUGUUUGCACUUGUUCGAUAGGUUUUAUUGGAAGUCCUCCAAAUUGUAGGCCAGAGUGUGUUGUAAGCUCAGAGUGUCCUCAGAAUCAAGCAUGUAUCAAUAACAAAUGCGCUGAUCCUUGUCCUGGUAGUUGUGGUUUGAGUGCCAACUGUCAAGUAAUAAAUCACAGUCCUAUAUGCAGUUGUAUACCUGGUUAUACUGGUGAUCCAUUUACUAGAUGUCUACCCUUACCUCCACCUCCAACGACACAACCGGCUCCAAUUACAAACCCUUGUGUGCCUUCUCCUUGUGGACCGAAUUCUCAAUGUAGAGAAAUAAAUGGGUCACCAUCUUGUUCUUGCUUGCCAAAUUACAUGGGUGCACCACCAAAUUGUAGACCCGAGUGUGUUAUCAACUCUGAAUGCCCAAGUAAUAUGGCUUGUAUAAGGGAAAAAUGUAGAGAUCCUUGUCCAGGUUCUUGUGGAAGCGGCGCUACUUGUAGCGUUGUCAACCACACUCCAAUCUGUUCAUGUCCAGAGGGUUAUACAGGAGAUCCGUUCAGUUAUUGCAACCUUGCACCAAAGCCUACGAUUCCUAUUGUUGAUCCUUGUUCACCAUCACCCUGUGGAGCGAAUGCUGAAUGCAAUAAUGGAAUAUGUCGUUGCUUCCCUGAAUACCAAGGAGAUCCUUAUCAAGGUUGUAGACCUGAAUGCGUCCUUAACAAUGAUUGUCCAAGGGAUAAGGCUUGCAUAAGAAAUAAAUGUACAGACCCUUGCCCAGGAACCUGCGGUCAAAAUGCUGAAUGUACAGUGAUUAAUCAUAUACCAACAUGUUCAUGUAGACAAGGAUUCGUAGGAAAUGCAUUUGUACUUUGUUCGCCAGAGCCAGUUCAAACACCACAAAACCCAUGUUCUCCAUCUCCAUGUGGUCCUAACAGUCAAUGUAGGGAAAUAAAUGGACAGGCAGUAUGUUCUUGUGUGCCAGGCUUCUUAGGUAGUCCACCAUCUUGUAGACCAGAGUGUGUAACAAGUUCAGAAUGUCCCUUGAAUCAAGCUUGCUUGAAUCAGAAAUGUAUUGAUCCUUGUCCUGGUACAUGUGGUCUCAAUGCCAAUUGCCAAGUGACAAAUCACAAUCCUAUCUGUAGUUGUCCCCCAGGAAAUACAGGUGACCCGUUCACAAGGUGUUUACCGAUAUUGGAAGAACCCAUUGAAGUACCUACCAAUCCAUGCCAACCAUCGCCUUGUGGUCCAAAUUCACAGUGUAGAGAAAUCAACAAUUCUCCAUCUUGUUCUUGUCUACCCAACUUUAUAGGAACUCCUCCGAAUUGUAGACCAGAAUGUGUCAGUAGUAGUGAAUGUCCAAGUCAUCUUGCAUGCAUAAAUCAGAAAUGUAAGGAUCCUUGCCCUGGAGUAUGUGGACAGAAUGCCGAAUGUAGAGUUGUGAGUCACACUCCUAACUGUGUUUGUCAACAAGGCUACAUUGGAGAUCCGUUUUCAGUAUGCAGCCCACAAACUCAACCAUCGGUUCCUGUAACGCCCUGUCUGCCAAAUCCUUGCGGAAAUAACGCUAUUUGUAAAGAACAGAAUAAUGCAGGAUCUUGCACAUGUAUACCCGGUUACUUAGGAAAUCCGUAUGAAGGUUGCAGACCAGAAUGUGUAUUAAAUACAGACUGUCCUUCGAAUAAGGCUUGUGUUAAUAGUAAAUGCACUGAUCCUUGUCCUGGAACAUGCGGACAAAACGCGCAAUGUCAAGUCAUUAACCAUCUACCAUCAUGUACAUGCUUUGCUGGUUACACAGGAGAUCCUUUCAGAUUCUGUAACCUCAUACCUCAACCAAUUUUGGAAGAACCAACCAAUCCUUGUCAACCAAGCCCAUGCGGACCAAAUAGUCAAUGUAGAGAAGUGAAUGAUCAGGCCGUUUGUUCUUGUCUGCCAAAUUACGUAGGAAGCCCACCAGGUUGUAGACCAGAAUGCACAACUAGUUCUGAAUGUCCUCUGGACCAAUCUUGCAUCAAUCAAAAAUGUGCAGAUCCAUGCCCUGGUACCUGUGGUCUUAACACAAACUGUCAAGUGAUAAACCAUAGUCCUAUUUGUUCUUGUUUACCAGGAAAUACUGGAGAUCCGUUCACUAGAUGUUAUCCUCUACCACCGCCAGUACCUUUGCCAGAACCUGUCUUAGACCCAUGCCAACCCUCACCUUGUGGACCCAACAGUCAAUGUAGGGAUAUCGGAGGCAAUCCAUCUUGUUCUUGUCUCCCGACAUUCAUUGGUAGCCCACCAAAUUGCAGACCAGAAUGCAUCAUCAACUCAGAAUGUUCAAGUAACCAAGCUUGUAUCAGAAACAAAUGUAUGGAUCCUUGUCCUGGCUCUUGUGGGUUGAACGCUCAAUGUAAUGUGAUAAACCACACACCGACCUGUACUUGCUUUGAAGGAUACGUAGGCGAUCCUUUCACUGCUUGUCAAAUAAAACCGGAAGAUCCUAAGCCUGUUGUACAAGAUCCAUGCAAUCCUUCACCUUGCGGUUCUAACGCCGUAUGUGACCAUGGGGUAUGCACUUGCUUGCCAGAGUACGGAGGAGACCCCUACAGAGGUUGCAGACCAGAAUGUGUACUCAAUAAUGAUUGUCCAAGAGAUAAGGCGUGCAUCAGGAAUAAAUGUAUAGAUCCGUGCCCAGGAACGUGUGGUCAAAAUGCUCAGUGUUUGGUCGUCAAUCAUAUACCAACUUGUACUUGCAACAAUGGAUUCCAAGGCAACGCUUUCAUUUUAUGUUCACCUGUACCAGAACCGACAGUAACCCACCCUUGUCAGCCAUCGCCAUGCGGUGCAAACAGUCAAUGUAGAGAGAUCAAUGGACAGGCUGUAUGUUCUUGCGUACCAGGUUUCAUAGGUAGUCCACCAACUUGUAGACCGGAAUGUGUGACUAGCUCGGAAUGUGCUUUGAAUCAGGCUUGCGUAAAUCAAAAAUGCAUAGAUCCAUGUCCAGGUACCUGCGGAUUGAGUGCCAACUGCCAAGUGGUAAACCACAACCCAAUUUGCAGUUGCGCACCUGGAUUCAGCGGUGAUCCGUUCACCCGUUGCGUCCCAAUAAGAGAAGAACCGAAACCACCUGUGAACCCUUGCCAACCUUCGCCAUGUGGACCAAACUCUCAAUGUAGAGAAGUAGGAGAUGCUCCUUCUUGCUCUUGCUUGCCUGAGUUUAUAGGAACCCCGCCAAACUGCAAACCGGAAUGUAUAAGUAACACCGAGUGUCCGAACCAUCUUGCUUGUAUUUCACAGAAAUGCAGAGAUCCAUGUCCUGGAUCUUGUGGGCAGAACUCCGAAUGCAAAGUGCUCAGUCACACUCCCAACUGCGUGUGUAUAGCCGGAUAUGUUGGAAAUCCUUUCAUAAGCUGUCAACCGAAACGAGAAGAACCCGUGGUGGAAAAACCAACACCUUGCAUUCCAUCACCUUGUGGAUCAAACGCUAUUUGUAGGGAAAAUAACGGAGCAGGUUCUUGUACUUGCUUGCCAGGCUUUAUUGGAAAUCCGUACGAAGGAUGUAGACCUGAGUGUGUACUGAAUUCAGAUUGUGCCUCGAAUAGAGCUUGCAUAGCGGGUAAAUGUAAAGAUCCUUGCCCUGGAACUUGCGGAGCUAAUGCAGAUUGCCAAGUUGUUAAUCACUUACCAAGUUGCACCUGCAGACCUUCCUAUUCGGGAGAUCCGUUCAGAUUCUGCCAUUUACAACAACCUGUGGAAGAGGAACCAACAAAUCCUUGUCAACCAAGUCCUUGUGGGCCUAACAGCCAAUGUCGUGAAGUAAACGGUCAAGCUGUUUGCUCUUGUUUGCCAGAAUAUAGUGGAAGUCCACCGAACUGUAGACCAGAAUGCGUAGUUAGUUCAGAGUGUCCUUCUGAUAAGGCGUGUAUCAAUCAAAAAUGUGCAGAUCCAUGUUCUGGCACUUGUGGUCUGAAUACGAACUGUCAAGUUAUCAAUCACAGUCCCAUAUGUAGUUGUAUCAAUGGCCAUACAGGAGAUCCAUUCACUAGAUGUUAUCCUUUACCACCUCCACCAAAACCUGUACCGAUAGAAAUCAUCAACCCUUGCGUACCAUCUCCAUGUGGUCCUAACUCACAAUGUAGAGAAAUGGGCAAUUAUCCAUCCUGUUCAUGUAUACAAGGUUAUAUCGGAACACCUCCAAAUUGCAGACCAGAAUGUAGUGUAAAUUCUGAAUGUUCAAGUAAUUUAGCUUGUAUCAAAGAAAAAUGUAGAGAUCCUUGUCCUGGUUCUUGUGGCGCAAAUGCAGUUUGCAACGUUAUCAAUCAUACGCCAUCGUGCUCUUGUCCAGAGGGCUACACUGGAGAUUCUUUCAGUUAUUGCACUCCGAAACCAAUCAUAAAAGAACCUCAAAUCGUUGACAAAUGUAACCCAUCACCAUGUGGGCAAAAUACCAACUGUAACGACGGAGUUUGCACAUGUUUGCCUGAGUAUCAAGGAAAUCCUUUGAUUGGGUGUAGACCGGAAUGUGUUUUGAAUAACGAUUGUCCAAGAAAUAGGGCAUGCUUAAGAAAUAAAUGCGUUGAUCCUUGUAUUGGUGUUUGUGGACAAAAUGCAGAGUGUACUGUCAUCAAUCAUGUUCCAACUUGUAGUUGUACACAAGGAUUCGUUGGAAAUGCUUUUGUUCAAUGUAAUCGUGAGCCAGUGAUAGAAAAAACGAAUCCAUGUAGCCCUUCACCAUGUGGUCCAAACAGUCAAUGUAGAGAGAUAAAUGGACAGGCUGUAUGUUCUUGCGUGCCAGGCUUUAUAGGUUCUCCACCAUCUUGUAGGCCUGAAUGUGUAACUAGUACUGAAUGUUCAUUGAACGAGGCUUGUGUUAAUCAGAAAUGCAUUGAUCCUUGUCCUGGAACCUGCGGAUUCAAUGCUCUUUGUCAAGUCGUUAACCACAAUCCCAUAUGUAGUUGUCCUCCAGGCCAAUCAGGAGAUCCAUUCACUAGAUGCCUUCCAAUAAGAGAAGAACCCGUUGUUGAACCUACCAAUCCAUGCGUACCAUCUCCGUGUGGUCCCAAUUCACAAUGUAGGAACGUAAACGGGUCGCCAUCUUGUUCUUGUCUUCAGGAAUUUAUUGGAACUCCACCUAAUUGCAGACCAGAGUGUGUCAGUAAUUCUGAGUGCGCUUAUAAUCUGGCAUGUAUGAACCAGAAAUGUAGAGAUCCUUGUCCAGGAAGUUGUGGAGUUAAUGCAGAAUGUCGUGUGGUUAGUCAUACUCCAAACUGCUACUGCAUUCAGAACUAUGUUGGAAAUCCGUUUGUGCGAUGUGAACAACCAGAAGCUCCAAGACCUCUGGACUUUGUAAAUCCUUGCUAUCCCAACCCAUGCGGUGCAAACGCAGUUUGUAGGGAACAGAACAACGCAGGAUCUUGUACAUGUAUCCAAGAUUACAUAGGAAAUCCUUAUGAAGGUUGUAGACCGGAAUGUGUCCUAAACUCUGAUUGUCCUUCCAACAAAGCCUGUAUCAGAAACAAAUGCGCUGAUCCAUGUCCUGGAAGUUGUGGCCAAAACGCUGAUUGUCAAGUUAUAAAUCAUCUUCCUUCUUGUACUUGCAUACCUCGUUACACAGGAGAUCCAUUCAGAUAUUGCACUCUGAUAGUAGAACCUGUGGUCGAACCUCCAAGGAAUCCUUGUCAACCAAGUCCUUGUGGGCCCAACAGCCAAUGCCGUGAAGUGAAUGGUCAAGCAGUUUGUUCGUGCUUACCAGAAUAUAGUGGCAGUCCACCAAGCUGUAGGCCAGAAUGUACAAGUAGUUCAGAGUGUCCUUUGAACAGGGCAUGUAUCAAUCAGAAAUGCGGCGAUCCAUGUCCUGGAAGUUGUGGCUUGAACGCUGUUUGCGAAGUUGUCAAUCAUAGUCCGAUUUGUAGUUGUCAAGGAGGUCAUACUGGAGAUCCAUUCAGUAGAUGUUAUCCGAUACCUCCACCUCCAACAGAACCACAGCCUGUGUUGAACCCUUGUGAACCUUCUCCUUGCGGUCCAUACUCUAUAUGCCAAGAUAUAAAUGGCUCUCCUUCUUGUGCAUGUCUGCAGAAUUAUAUCGGUAGUCCACCAAACUGUAGACCAGAAUGUACCAUCAACUCUGAAUGUCCAAGCAAUUUAGCUUGUAUGAGAGAAAAAUGUAGAGAUCCAUGUCCUGGUUCUUGCGGAUCUAACGCCAGAUGUAACGUAGUGAAUCACACUCCAAUCUGUACUUGUCUUGAAGGAUACAGUGGUGAUCCUUUCAGUUAUUGUUCAAUAAGACCGACACCACAACCUGUGAAAGAUGACCCAUGUAAUCCCUCACCUUGUGGUCCCAAUGCACAGUGUAAUAACGGACAGUGCACUUGUCUUCCCGAAUAUCAGGGAGAUCCUUAUACAGGAUGCAGACCCGAAUGUGUUCUGAAUAACGAUUGUCCGAAGAACAGGGCUUGCGUUAGAAACAAAUGUAUAGACCCUUGCCCCGGAACUUGUGGUCAAAACGCAGAAUGUACAGUUAUCAAUCACGUCGCUACUUGUAGCUGUCUCCAAGGAUUCAUUGGAAACGCUUUCGUGCAAUGUAAUCAAAUACCAGUAUCUGUACCUAAGAACCCAUGUAACCCAUCACCUUGUGGCCCGAACAGCCAAUGCAGGAACAUAGGAGAACAAGCUGUAUGUUCUUGUGUUCCUGGCUACUUAGGAACUCCACCAAACUGUAGACCGGAAUGUACAACGUCUUCAGAUUGUCAGUUAACCGAAGCUUGCGUGAACCAAAAAUGUAUAGAUCCAUGUCCUGGUACCUGUGGACUGAACGCAUUAUGUCAAGUGAGCAAUCACAACCCAAUUUGUAGUUGUCCACCUAGGUAUUCAGGCAAUCCAUUCACUUUGUGUCAGAUAAUAUACGAACCGGUUGUUGAACCUAAGAACCCUUGUCAACCAUCUCCUUGUGGACCAAAUUCGCAGUGUAGAGAUAUCAACGGUUCGCCAUCUUGUUCGUGUCUCCAUGAAUUUGUAGGGAUACCUCCAAACUGUAAACCUGAAUGUGUCAGUAACGGAGAAUGUCCUUAUAACCUGGCUUGUAUAGGACAGAAAUGUAAAGAUCCAUGUCCAGGCGUCUGUGGUGUAAAUGCAGAUUGCAGAGUAGUCAGCCAUACGCCCAAUUGCGUGUGUCUGUCUGGUUAUUCUGGCAAUCCAUUCGAAAGAUGCGUCAUACCACAACUACCACAACCCAAACCUGCAGAUACGUUUAACCCUUGUGUACCAUCUCCAUGUGGAGCUAACGCUGUCUGUAGAGAACAGGGUAACGCAGCGGCAUGUCUUUGUUUACCUGGCUAUUUCGGAAACCCUUACGAUGGCUGCAGACCGGAGUGCACGAUCAAUUCGGACUGUCCAUCGAACAAGGCUUGUUUCAAUAAUAAGUGUCAAGAUCCAUGUCCAGGUACAUGCGGUAACAAUGCCGUUUGCCAAGUUAUCAACCAUCUCCCAACCUGUUCGUGUCCUCCGCCAUACACAGGAGAUCCGUUUAGGAUUUGUAACCUCGUCAUAGUGGAAAAACCGGUACCUGUGAAUCCUUGCCAACCAAGCCCUUGCGGUCCCAACAGUCAAUGUAGAGAAACCAACGGUCAGGCAGUAUGUUCUUGCCUUCCGACGUAUGUAGGUUCACCACCAAGCUGCCGACCAGAAUGCGUUGUUAGCAGUGAAUGUCCAUUGGACAAAGCUUGCAUCAACCAGAAAUGUCAAGAUCCUUGCCCAGGCACCUGUGGAAUAAACGCUCGAUGCGAAGUCAGGAAUCACAGUCCUAUCUGUAGUUGUAAAGUAGAUAACACCGGAGAUCCUUUCAUUAGGUGCUACCCCUUGCCUCCGCCACCGCCAGAACCUAGACCUGUGGAAAACCCAUGCGUACCAUCGCCUUGCGGUCCAAACUCUCAAUGUAGAGAUAUUAACGGAGCGGCAGUUUGUUCAUGCCUGCCGAACAUGAUGGGUUCAGCGCCCAAUUGCAGACCUGAAUGCGUCAUCAACUCGGAAUGCGUGAGCAGUUUGGCUUGUAUCAACGAGAAAUGCAGGGAUCCGUGCCCUGGUUCUUGUGGAUUCGGAGCCAUUUGCGAAGUUAUCAAUCAUAAUCCGAACUGUAGAUGUCCAGAAGGAUACCAAGGAAACGCUUUUGUAUCUUGUUCGCCCAUACCCAAACCAUUGCCACCGUCACCGCCGUCUGAUCCUUGCAAUCCAUCACCAUGUGGACAGAACGCUGUUUGCAACAACGGUCAAUGCACUUGCGUGCCUGAAUAUCAAGGCGAUCCUUACAGGGGUUGCCGACCUGAAUGUGUACUAAACAGCGACUGCGCAAGGAACAGGGCUUGCUUGAGAAACAAAUGCGUUGAUCCUUGCCCAGGUACUUGCGGUCAGAAUGCUGAGUGUAGCGUUUAUAACCAUGUAGCCAUGUGCAAUUGCAUUCAAGGCUACAGAGGUAAUCCGUUCGUUACCUGUUCAAAGAUCGAGAAUCCACCACCUUCGAACCCUUGCUACCCUUCGCCAUGCGGUCCAAAUAGUCAAUGUAGAGAUAUCGGAGGACAAGCCAUUUGUUCUUGUCUGAUAGGUUACUUCGGAAGUCCGCCUUCUUGCAGACCGGAAUGUACCACAAGCACCGAUUGUCUGCAAAAUAUGGCUUGCGUUAAUCAGAGAUGCGUUGAUCCAUGUCCUGGAACCUGCGGAUUGAAUGCGCUCUGUCAGGUUAUAAACCACAAUCCGAUUUGUAGUUGUCCACCAAACUAUAGCGGAGAUCCGUUUAUAAGAUGCCAACUCGUGAUUGUUGAAAUGAGACCAAAUGUCGGGGUCAUACCAAAUGAUGAUCCUUGCUCGCCAAACCCUUGUGGUCCUAACGCCAACUGCGAAUAUAUCACUGGGGGAAGAUAUGAUUGCUCAUGUGUUGCUGGAUACUUCGGAAGCCCGCCGUUCUGUAAGCCAGAGUGCAUACAGAAUGAUGAAUGCUCUAGGGAACUCGCUUGCAUCAAUAUGAAGUGCAAAGAUCCUUGUCCUGGUUCUUGCGGAUUGAACACGAGAUGCGUCGUGGUCAACCACGUACCAAACUGUGCAUGUUUGGAUGGUUUCGUGGGAGACCCGUUCAGAUCUUGUUAUCCCAAACCAAAACCAACACCACCGCCUAAAGAAAUCCAUCCAUGCCAACCAUCGCCAUGUGGACCAAACGCUGUUUGCAGAGUAGAAAACAACUACGCAGUCUGCGAAUGCAUACCUGAAUACCGAGGUAACCCUUACGAGUCCUGCAGACCUGAAUGCUUAUCGAACUCCGAUUGUACGAUGAAUAGGGCUUGCAUAAGAAACAAGUGCCAGGAUCCAUGUCCUGGAACUUGCGGAAUCAAUGCAAUGUGUUCAGUCUUGAAUCACGUGCCAAUAUGCAGUUGCCCAGAUGGUUUCACUGGUGAUGCGUUCAGAAUUUGCACUGAAGUUAUAGUACCACCUCCACGUGAUCCUUGCAAUCCGUCACCUUGCGGAAUAAACACUGUGUGCAAAACGUUGGGAGAGAAUGCGAUCUGCGAAUGCCUGCCAGGUUUCUUCGGCAACCCCACUAGUGGUGGUUGCAGACCGGAGUGUACCAUCAGCGCCGACUGUCCUAGGGACAAAGCCUGCGUCAACUCCAAAUGCAUCGACCCAUGCGUGGGAGUGUGUGGAUUCAACGCUCAAUGUCACGUGGUCAACCACAGCCCGAUCUGUAGUUGUCCACCUCCACUCAUAGGAAACCCAUUCGAGUUGUGCGUCGAACAAAAAGAACCAGCAGAUCCAUGCAAUCCCUCGCCUUGUGGUCCUAAUGGUCAAUGUCGCGUUAUCAACGGAGUAGCCAGCUGUACUUAUCCUGAGUGCAUCAUCAAUCAGGAUUGUCCAAGAGACAAGGCUUGUUAUGGACAAAAAUGCGGUGAUCCUUGCAGAGAUGCUUGCGGAGUGAACGCUCUUUGUCAAGUCAUCAACCACAAGGCUAUCUGUAGGUGUCCACCUGAGUACAUUGGGUCUCCGGAGGUUCAAUGCCAACUAGAACCUAGAGUACCACAACCUAAAGUGGAAUGUCUACAAGAUUCAGACUGUACCAACGACAAAGCCUGUGUAGAUCAACGUUGUCAAGACCCAUGCUCCGUUUCUCAGGGAGUUUGCGGCCAGAACGCCGAAUGCCGACCACAACUUCACAGAGCAAUAUGUAUCUGCAGAGAUGGAUAUACAGGAAAUGCACAAACGGCCUGUUUCGAAAUUGGCUGUAGAUCGAACUCUGAUUGUCCGCCAAUACAGGCCUGUGUCAACAAAGAAUGUAUCAACCCCUGCUCGUACACUUCUUGCGGACUUAACGCCUUGUGCAAGCCUGAUUCCAACCACAGGGCCAGGUGUUAUUGUCCAGAGAACUUCAGAGGAGAUCCUUUCAUCAGAUGCGAAAGGCCGGAAUGUACCAACGAUAACGAAUGCCCGUACAACUUGGCAUGUAGGAAUGAACGCUGCGAAGAUCCUUGCAAAUGCGGAUUAUCAGCUAUUUGCUCUGUUAACAACCACAGACCACAGUGUUCUUGUCCACCGGGCUAUAUUGGAAACCCGUUGGUAUCAUGUAACCUCCAACCGAUAGUAACAACUGAAUGUAAAAUGGACGCUGACUGUCCAAGCAAAUUGGCUUGCUUCAGCGGUAAAUGUAAGAACCCUUGCACAGAAACCAAACCAUGCGGAUUGAACGCAGAAUGUGUGGUAGUCGAUUCUUUACCACUCAGAACCAUGUCUUGUAUUUGUUUACCAGGCUAUAUUGGAGACGCUGAUAAGGAAUGUAGACUUGAAAUCGAAGAGGGAUGCAAGAAUCAUAACGAUUGCGGCUUCACGGAAGCAUGCUUGAACAGGAAAUGCGUUAACCCUUGUGCAGUGGGAAGUCCUUGCGCUGUUACAGCACUUUGUGAUCCACAGAACCACAAGGCGGUUUGUAGAUGUCCAUCAGGCCUUAUUGGUGAUCCAUUCGUGAAAUGCUACGAGGGUGCGUUGCAAAAGGAAGAAUGUACAACGAGUCUGGAUUGUCCUAGCGAUAAAUCAUGCAUUAAUCAACACUGCCAAGACCCAUGUUUGAUAUCGAACCCUUGUGGAACCAAUGCAGAUUGCAAGACGUUACAACAUCAUCCAACUUGCUUCUGCCCAGAAGGAUGGGGAGGUAAUCCACAAGUGUUAUGUUAUAAACCUGAAUGUAAAUCAAACGACGAAUGUCCAUACAACAAGGCUUGCAUCAAUGAAAACUGUCUGAAUCCAUGCAGCAGCUUGUCUUGUGGAAGAGGCGCACAGUGUCUAGUCCAAAACCACUGGGCUCAAUGCACCUGUCCACCUGGCACUCAAGGAAAUCCUAUUGUAUCAUGUAUCGCUGGUAUCUGUCAGUACAACGAAGACUGUGGCGAUCAUGAGGCUUGCGACAGACUGAACAGGGUUUGUAGACCGGUUUGCCAAGAAGAUACUUGCGCGGAAACCGCUAUUUGCGAAGCUCAAGCUCACCAGCCAAGGUGCAGAUGUCCACCGGGUACGGAAGGCAAUCCUUACCAACAGUGUGUCAGUGGAAAAACACCAGAACCACGACCAGAAUGCAAGAUGGACAUCGAUUGUCCUUCACAAUACGCUUGCAUAGAACAACGCUGUCUGAACCCUUGCCUGGAGAACAACGUAUGCACACCAGAUCAAGAGUGUAGAGUGCUAGACACUCUUCCAUUACGUACCAUCAUGUGUCAAUGUCCACCCGACACUAUUGCCGAUAUAUCAGGACGUUGUAGGGCUAUUGUGGUCAUUGAACCUCAAUGUAGAGUUGAUUCGGAUUGUACGGACAGAGAGAAAUGCAUCUCAGGCAACUGCAUCGAAGCUUGUAGGAUUGACAUGUGCGGUAUUAACGCCUUGUGUAAUUCACAACAUCAUCAAGCUGUUUGUAGCUGUUCGCCAGGGUACACUGGUAAUCCGCACAUCGAGUGUACAGUAUCAAGGCCGCCAAUAACUAGGCCAGUACCAGAGUGUUAUUCUGACGAUGAAUGUAGCUACGACAAGGCUUGCCUGAAUGAAAGAUGUAUCAAUCCUUGUCUCAAGGACAGACCAUGCGGUGUUGGAGCUUUCUGCUCAGUGAAUAACCACAAGGCAGUUUGCACAUGUCCAAUAGGUUUCGAGGGAAGUCCGCAUACUGAAUGUUUACCACCACUUGGACCGACUGUUGGAUGCAAAUCAAAUUCCGAAUGUGCAUUGACUGAUUCAUGCGUCAACGGAAUUUGCAUUAAUCCAUGUAAUUGUGGACCCAAUGCCCAAUGUAACAUCGUCAACCAUUAUCCGAUGUGCUUCUGCAAACCUGGAUAUUCUGGAAACCCUCAACUUGGAUGCGUCAAAUUGGGCUGUCAAAACGACAACGAAUGUAACAACGACCAACAAUGUUACAACGGACAAUGCGUUGACCCAUGCAUACUGGGCGAUCCAUGUGCAACAAGCGCAAUAUGCUACGGCAACAACCACAUAGCUUCAUGCAAGUGUCCACCAGGAUACGAAGGCAAUCCUUUCGACAGAUGUGAGAGAAUCGAAUGCCACACAGACUCCGAAUGCCCGAACAACAGGGCCUGCAUACAAAAACACUGCGUGGACCCUUGCAGCACUGUAGCAAACCCACCGUGCGCCCAAAACGCCAUCUGUUAUGCGCAGAACCACGUUGCCGGUUGCCAAUGUCCACCACAUCUACCUGAAGGCAACCCGCUAGCGUAUUGUACAGCACCUGUGAUUAUUGGCAAGGAAUGUGAGCUGGACCUCGAUUGUCCUAGUCAGCUGGCUUGCAUCAGAGAGAAAUGCGUCAAUCCUUGCAAGACCUUAUCGCCUUGUCACAGCUCUGCCCACUGUAGUGUCCUAGAUACCAUCCCAGUCAGGACCAUGAUCUGCACUUGUCCAGAAGGAUGGGUGCCAAAUGAGAAUGGAGAAUGCCACGCCGUCGUAGUACCGAUACCACCAGGUUGUACGUCAGAUAACGACUGUUCUUCCAACGAAGCCUGCAUCAACAGGAGGUGCAGAAACCCUUGCGAUUGCGGUAACAACGCCAACUGUCUAGUACAAAACCACAGACCUGUGUGCUCAUGUUUGAACGGCUUCGAAGGCAAUCCGAACAUCGCCUGUUACGCAGUCGGUUGUCGCAUCGAUUCUGAAUGCGAGUCUGGAAAGGCUUGUGUUAACGGAAACUGCGUCAAUCCUUGCUUGGUCGAAGAUCCUUGCGGCGUCAAUGCCGAAUGUUACGUAUACCAAAACAGAGCUCAGUGCAGAUGUCUCAGCGGUUACAGAGGAAAUCCAUUCGAAAGGUGCAGCAUCGUCGGAUGUAUAUCUAACAGCGACUGUCCUGGAGACAGACAAUGCAGGAACACGCAAUGUGUCGACCCUUGCAUCUACGACAGUCCUUGUUCUCCAAGAGCGGAAUGUUUGGUGCACAACCACAUCGCUUUGUGCAGAUGCAGAAACGGCUUUGAAGGAAAUCCUUACGUCGACUGCAAGCCCGAACCGCAGCCAGAAUGUAGGCAAGAUCCAGAAUGUCCAUCCAGACUUGCCUGUCUGAACAACAAAUGUCAAGAUCCUUGCGUGGUACUGGAACCUUGUCACAGACCGUCCGAGUGCGUCGUGGUUGGAUCUGUACCGGUCCGGACCAUGAUCUGCGUGUGUCCACCUGGUUACAUCAGCAGCGGAAGCGGUACCUGCCAUCCUGUGAAGGCCAUAGAGGUGGGAGCUUGCGUGGUGGACGAAGAAUGCCCAGAAGACAAGGCUUGUAUCAACGGAAUCUGCAGGGACCCAUGUAACUGCGGUCUGAAUGCUGAGUGUAGGAUUAAAAACCACAAACCGGUCUGCACGUGCAAACAAGGCUACGACGGAAAUCCAGAGAUAGAAUGCGAGAGAACCGGAUGUAGAAACGACGAACAAUGUUCAGGUCAACACAUUUGCGUGAACAGACAAUGUGUACCAGUCUGUGCUGCCGAUGGCUCUUCUUGUGGCAAAGACGCGAUCUGUUAUGGUGUGAACCACCACGCAGUUUGCGAUUGCCCUCCUGGCUUCAUUGGCAACCCAGAAAUAUCUUGCGUACUUAUCGGUUGCAGAUCUGACAGCGAAUGCCCUGGUGGCAGAGCUUGCGUCAACAACAAAUGCGAAAACCCAUGCGAUUCGAGCAACCCUUGUGCCGCGCCAGCGGAGUGCAAGGUUUACAACCAUCUGGUCGAAUGUGUCUGCCCACCUGGUACAAUUAGCGAUGGUAAGACUGGGUGUAUUGAGGUUGGAAUAGAGAAAUGUAGGAAAGACCAUGAUUGUCCAUCUCAAUUCGCUUGUAUCGGAGGAGAGUGCAUCAAUCCAUGCAAGGAAACAGAUCCUUGUGGGGUUAACGCGGAAUGUACAGUGCUCGAUACCGAACCUGUAAGGACCAUGAUCUGCAAAUGCUUGCCAGGAUAUGAAGGAAAUGCAGCAGUGCAGUGCGACAAGACCGCUUUCUGCAGAAUAGACAAAGGCUUCAUACGAACACCUGACGGCAGAUGCGUCUGCCCACCAAACACAGCCUUAGACGAAAACGACGAAUGCAUAUUGUGUCCAGUACACAAAGGCUUCAAGAUUGACGAGAAAGGAAGAUGCGUCUGCGCUCUAGAAAGAGGAUUCGUCAUUGACGACCGUGGUAACUGCGUGUGUCCAGUCAAGGGCUACCAACUAGACGCCAGAGGAAACUGCAUCAAACAAACUGGACCGGAUUGCGAAACGGAUAGCGACUGUCAGGACCAAGAGUUCUGCGAGCCCAACACGAAGACCUGUCAAGAUCCUUGCUCGCUCAAGACCUGCGCCGAAAACGCCUUCUGCAACGCUACCAACCACCAGGCGGUCUGCAAGUGUCGCGUGGGUUUCACAGGGGAUCCGGAAGUGUAUUGCAACCAAACGUCGCCGCUGAGGACAGUCUUCCCACGCCCAGAGAUGGUCGUGAGCUGUUUGUCGGACGGUGUUCAGGUGGAAAUACACAUAGCGGAGACCGAAUUCAACGGGGUGUUCUACGUGAAGGGCCACAGUAAAGACGAACAAUGCAGGAGAAUCGUAACACUGCCAUCUAACUCACUGCCAAGGACGGAGAUUUUCAAGGUUCAGUUCGGCAACUGCGGGCUUAUUCACGUCAACGGUCAGGCCAGCUUCGUCCUGGUCAUACAGAAACACCCGAAACUGGUCACUUACAAGGCGCAGGCUUAUCACAUAAAGUGCGUGUACCAAACAGGCGAACAGAACGUCACCCUAGGCUUCAACGUCUCCAUGUUAACAACAGCCGGCACCAUAGCCAACACAGGUCCACCACCGGUGUGCACCAUGAAGAUAGUGACGCCUACCGGGCAGGAGAUCAACUCGGCGGAGAUCGGGGACAACCUGAUGCUGCAGGUCGAGGUUCAGCCCGGCUCAAUUUACGGCGGCUUCGCCAGAAGCUGCGUGGCCAAGACGAUGGAGGCCAACGUCGAGAACGAGUACCCGGUGACGGACGAGAACGGGUGCGCCACUGAUCCGACGAUAUUCGGAGAGUGGGACUACAGUCCGGACACGCAGAGCUUAACGGCCAGCUUCAACGCCUUCAAGUUCCCGAGCAGCGACAACAUCAGGUUCCAAUGUAACAUCAGGGUGUGCUUUGGGGCGUGCCAACCUGUGAACUGCCGUGGAUAUAACGCCUUUGGUAGAAGAAAGAGAUCGGUUGACAAUGACAACACCGAUCUAGCCGUAUCAGGGGACUUGAUGACCGGCCAGCUAAGAGAAGAAAUAACAAUUUCAUCCAACGCAAUAUUGACAUUCGAGAGACGAGAAGAGAAACUGGUGGACCCGGCAGCAGCCGCGGAUUACCAGAGAGUCGAGGAUAUCUGCGUCUCUAUGAUAGGAUUCAUAAUAUCCUUGGUGAUAACUGCCUUACUAGCACUGGUAGCCAUCGCAGUGGCGGUGUCCUGUUGGCUGAUGGCCUACAGGCGCAGACCGAAGGCCUCCGGGCCUCUGCCUCAUCCUCCAGAGUUCCCAAACCCGCUGUUCACAACACCAGAACCGAUGGCCGAGCCCAGUCCAGACUACCUCACGUAAUCAUCACUGCAUUUUCGUAGACCUUAAGUAAGCGCAAAUUUCGAAUUUUAAAACGAAUCAACAAGACUCAGAAAAUACUCGAUUUUUAUAUGUAUAUUUAUAAUUCGCCAGACGUUCCACAUUUUUUUUCACAUCCGUCCAACGAACUUCUCACUCACAACGAAACUGCC